CCAAACCCUUCACCUCCAAGGUGAAACAGAUGCGCCUGCACAAAGAGGACUUUGAGAUCCUCAAGGUGAUUGGACGAGGAGCCUUUGGAGAGGUAUGUUCUUUUUUGUUGGUGCCUUUCAUUGUACUUUUUUAUAACCUUUAUUUCACUAGGAAGUUUGAACCUCAAUAGAAAGCUCGCAAGACAUCAGCAAAGAAAAAGCAUUUCAAGUGUAGCCUACAUAGAGCCUAGAGACAAUUACAACAACAGAACAAUGCAUGCAAAGACAAUAUAGUUCCUCAAGAAUCUGGGCAAUUGGUGAUAUAUAGGCUAUUUGAUAGUUGGUGCACAGUGUGAUCCCAGCAGCAAGACAUGGGUCACUAGGCCAUAUGCUAUAUGCAUGACUCAACAUGUAAGAGAAUGCUUUAAUAUUUUCCUCACUGUCGUUGUGAAAUGUUUUUUAUAAAAAAAUAAUAGAAAAGGAAACUAACACUAACCCUUAUUUUUCUUCUUCACGGCUCGGGGGCAUGAGUUGAAAUAUAGUUAUUAUUAUGUCUUCUACUGCGUGUGAUGUCAAACCUGGGGAAUGUUGGAGAGCUAGGCAGGUAGCUAGCAAUGGCAGCAGAAACUCAGCCGUGUAAGGUUACAUGAUGUGUGACACAUGGUCUUUGUAUAUUAUAGCUAGCUAAGCUAGCUGCUGUGCUGCUGGGUUCAAUACUAUUUGAAAUAAUUUCAAAUAGCCUAAUUGAUCUGUGGUUGAUUGAGCUUGCCUUGCUUCAUGGACCAAUAGAAUAGUUCCAAACUGGUAAACCCCACCCAUCUGAUACUCCAAAAAAUCUCAAUCAAAUUGUAUUUGUCACAUGCACCGAAGACAACUGGUGUAGACUUUACCAUGAAAUGCUUACUUACAGUGCCUUCGGAAAGUAUUCAGACCCCUGUACGGGCCCUUCCCAACAAUGCAGAGUUUAAAAAUAAAAUAGUAACACGAGGAAUAAAUAAAAUACACAAGAAUGUAACUAUAUACAGGGAGUACCAGUACCACAUCAGUGUGCAGAGGUAUGGGGUACUUGAGGAAGAUUUGUACAUGAAGGCAUGGUAAAGUGACUAGGAAUCAGGAUAGAUAAUAAUAAGAGUCAAAUAAAGAACAGAGUAGCAGCAUCAAAUGAUGAGUGUAAAAGUGUAUGUGUGUGUGUUUUUUGUCGGUAUGUGUGUGUGUCAAUUUAGUUUGUGAGUGUGCGUAGGGUCAGUGCAAGAUGGGGUCAUUUCAGAUCGGGUAACCAUUAAUUAACUAUUUAGCAGUCUUAUGGCUUGGGGGUAAAAGCUGUCUUGGCGCCUGUUGGUCCAGGCAUGUUAGCGAAAACGCUCAAAGUAUUUGAAAGAUUUUGAAUAGUGUUUGAACCCAGGUGUGGUGGAAUGGGUUGGUUGGAGCUCUGCCCAGUGCUGCGGCCCAUAUGGCCUGUUUCAGACCCUUUUUUACUGGGGUUUUAUUUCACAGUGAAUGAAAGAAUAACAUGGUUGUGCCCUGGUCCUUAGCCCCGUGUCAGGCUAGCAGUGGUGUCCGCCCGUGCUAGAGUUAUAUCUGUGACUCUGACGUUAGCUAAGCUACAGCCUCACGGUUGACUCUCUACUUAUUUUAUUUAUGAUAUAGCCCCUGUGGUGUACUGUACCUCUUUUAGCACCUUGUGUUGAAGUAGGCCUAAAGGCUUCCUUCCGCAUGCUUCGGUUCGGGUUGGCACCUAGUCAAACUCGGCUAGGCGAACCAAACGAGUGUACUCGCGUACACCCUUAAAAGACCUCCGCUUGAAAAAAGAGAAAAAAGUGGCAAUGGUACUGUUUGUCCAUCUUGAGACUCCGUAGCCAGUAUACACUUCCUCAAAACAGUCAGACUUAAUCUAAGAUACUGUAACUCAAGAAAUCUGUUACAGAUUUUUAUGUUUUUGCCGAGGAGAUCUUAGUCGCACAAUUUUACAUCAAACUAAGAUGUUUGGUGCAGUAUUUCUGAAGUGCAAAAUGUGCCUGAAAACGAGUGGUCUAUCAUUGAAUGACAACAAACACUUAAUUGAAGAAUCCCUACUGUUGGCCAAUCACAAACGAAGGGGCGUAGACUUCGGCUUCUGAACUUCGGUUUGCCUCGAGAAAUAAUUUUGUGUCCAGGAACUGCCAAAUAAACCCUUGCCGAAGGCCAAAACGAACAAAACGGGCACAAAAUGUCGUCAUAAUAUAUGCACAAACUGUUCCGAACUGUUUCGGAUGGGAAGCAUGCGGACGCCUUUUGUCUCUGUGCCUCCUGUGCUGUGUCAGCGGGCCUGUAUAUUUCAUAUAGCCUAGCCUACAUGCUAACCAAAUCUACUGAGUUAGCUGGAAAAGCAGCAACAAAGUAAGUAGCUGGAUUUGUUUAAUUAAUAAACAAAUAUUUACAAUCACAGGCCUAUUCAGUUCACUGUAUAUUUUCAGGCCUAUUCACAACAACAACAGUGUUCAGUGGUUGGCAGGCAAAGACAUAGCUUAGGCCUAUAUCUAUGUAAUGAUUAUGAAGACAUCAUGAUUAUAAGGUCUCUGGCCAGAGGUCCCUCUUACAGUGCCUUUGGAAAGUAUUCAGACCCCUUGACUUUUUCCACAUUUUGUUACGUUACAGCCUUAUUCUAAAAUGGAUUAAAUACAACAUGUUCCUCAUCAAUCUACAUACAAUACCGCAUAAUGACGAAGUGAAAACAGGUUUUUAGAAACAGAAAUACCUUAUUUAUUUAAGUAUUCAGACCCUUUGCUAUGAGACUCGAAAUUGAGCUCAGGUGCAUCCUGUUUCCAUUGAUCAUCCUUGAGAUGUUUCUACAACUUGAUUGGAGUCCACCUGUGGUAAAUUCAAUUGAUUGGACAUGGUUUGGAAAGUCACACACCUGUCUAUAUAAGGUCCCACAGUUGACAUUGCAUGUCAGAGCAAAAACCAAGCCAUGAGGUCGAAGGAAUUGUCCGUAGAGCUCAGAGACAGGAUUGUGUCAAGGCACAGAUCUGGGGAAGGGUACUAAAACAUUUCUGCAGCAUUGAAGGUCCCCAAGAACACAGUGGCCUCCAUCAUUCUUAAAUGUAAGAAGUUUAGAACCACAAAGACUCUUCCUAGAGCUGGCCGCCCGGCCAAACUGAGCAAUCGGGGGAGAAGGGCCUUGGUCAGGGAGGUGAUCAAGAACCUGAUGGUCACUUUGACAGAGCUCCAGAGUUCCUCUGUGGAGAUGGGAGAACCUUCCAGAAGGACAACAAUCUCUGCAGCACUCCACCAAUCAGGCCUUCAUUGUAGAGUGGCCAGACGGAAGCCACUCCUCAGUAAAAGGCACAUGACAGCCCGCUUGGAGUUUGCCAAAAGUCACUUAAAGACUCUCAGACCAUGAGAAACAAGAUUCUCUGGUCUGAUGAAACCAAGAUUGAACUCUUUGGCCUGAAUGCCAAGUGUCAAGUCUGGAGGAAACCUGGCACCAUCCCUACGUUGAAGCAGGGUGGUGGCAGCAUCAUGCUGUGGGGAUGUUUUUCAGCUGCAGGGACUGGGAGACUAGUCAGGAUUGAGGCAAAGAUGAACGGAGCGAAGUACAGAGGGAUCCUUGAUGAAAACCUGCUCCAGAGUGCUCAGGACCUCAGACUGGGGCGAAGGUUCACCUUCCAACAAGACAACGACCCUAAGCACACAGCCAAGACAACGCAGGGGUGGCUUCGGGACAAGUCUCUGAAUGUCCUUGAGUUGCCCAGCCAGAGUCCGGACUAGAACCCGAUCGAACAUCUCUGGAGAGACCUGGAAAUAGCUGUGCAGCAACGCUCCCCAUCCAACCUGACAGAGCUUGAGAGGAUCUGCAGAGAAGAAUGGGAUAAACUCCCCAAAUACAGGUGUGCCAAGCUUUUAGCGUCAUACCCAUGUAGACUUGAGGCUGUAAUCACUGCCAAAGGUGCGUUAACAAAGUACUGAGUAAAGGGUCUGAAUACUUAUGUAAAUGUUAUAGUUUGUUUUUUUGUUUUUGCUUUGUCAUUAUGGGGUAUUGUGUGUAGAUUGAGGGGGAAAAAAACGAUUUAAUCAAUUUUAGAAUAAGGCUGUAACUUAACAAAAUGUGGAAAAAGUCAAGGGGUCUGACUUACCGAAUGCACUGUAUGUCAUUCCAGUGAUAAGCCAUCAUAGUGUAACAAGUAUUUUACCUAUAUUCAUUUAGCAGCGGCACACCGGAAAAUAUGUUAAGCAUUUAUUUAUUUAUUUCUUAUUAUAAUGCCCAAGGAAGACCCUACGGAGGAGUGAGGAGUGGGAAGAGAAAACGGAGGGGGAAAAGAGGACAUUAUGAUCAGGAUGUUUUUAUUUCAUCUCAUUGUCAACUGAGAGCGAGAUGGCGUCUGUCUGUGCGCUGGGAGAGAGAUCUUGGCAUCUGUGUGUGAUGUUUGGGGUCUCCUGAUGAAUGUUUUUUAUAUCACUACAGCAUAGAGCAGCCAGUCAGCCACCCUGCAUGUCAAGCUCUCACACAUAUGUUUGAGUGGUGAAAGCUAAGAAAACAGGGAGGGAGGGAGUAUACGCUAUACACAGGGCCACUGCCAAGAACAGUCCUCUCCUCCUUUCCCCCCAUCAGUUCACCAGGGAGAAACACAAACAGCAGAGGAAUGUUAUCUUUGCAUUUAGCGUUCUCCUUCUUUUUCUCCCGCUCAUUUAAUGGACUACAGGCUCCACUCGAGUGUGUGUGUUGCCUGAGUUUUUGUGUGUGUUGCAUGUAAUUUUCUGUGUGCGUUUCGUGUAUGUGAAUUGCGUAUGUGUGCGUACAUACAUGCUUCCUUGUGUUUGUGUGACUGAGUGGAUGAUUGGUGGUUUAAAUUCCUCCUGUGGCGGACGGAGGGAGUUGCGGGGAAGCUGAAGUGAAAAAGGCUUUCUCUUGUGUCUUCUGGCAGGCAGACAAGCAGGAGGGAGGAAUCCUGCUAGCUGAAGUCAUCUGGCCUUGAGUUGCAACUAAACUCGUUUUAGGAAUGCUUUUGUUUACUACACUCAGGACUAACAAUGGAGGCUGUCUAUGGUUGCGUCAGAGACGUUAGCACGUAGCAGUAGCUUAUCUAGAUAGGUAUCCUAUCCUUGCUGGGUUGUUCCAUUUGAUUUCAAUUACUUUUUGACCGCACCCCUUUUGAUUUGAACGGAACUUUCCAUACAUAUUUGCCCAUGGUAGUAGUGUUUUUUUGCAUACCCUACCAUGAGUCAUCCAUGUCUUAAUCACCAAAAAAGUUACGUUUGAUAUAGUUUAAAAGCUCUGAGUUUUCUUGAAAAAAACGUUUUUAUUCUUUAACAUCAAUUAUCUAAACGCGUAAACUCUAAUUGUUUUCAUUUUCACAUAUGUUGUAGUUUAGACCCUACUUAACAUAAUCUCAGUUUUUUGUGUUGUACCCGCCAUCAGUUGAAACACAGCAUACUUUUGAAUACAGGGUGGGUGUCAUUUCAAUCAUAGAAAUAUAAUUAAAAGAAUGGACAUAUCCCUUCAGACCACUGCAAUUAGCUGGUACAUCAUUGACAUUUAAUUUGAAUUGACAAACUGAGAUUCUACCUGAACUUCUUCCUAUGGUUUGCCCUAUUGAACAUGACAGGAUAGAUGUAAUGAAUAUGGUGGAUGGACUCCUCUAACUCUCCCUCUUUCUCCCUCUCUCCUCUGUUUCCUGAAGGUUGCUGUGGUCAAAGUGAAGAAUGCAGACAAGGUGUUUGCCAUGAAGAUCCUCAACAAGUGGGAGAUGCUGAAGAGAGCUGAGGUGAGCACUGGAUACCACCAACAACAGCCAUAGCAUUACAGCAAUAAUCAGGGCUACAUGCCAACAACAGCCAUAACAUUACAGCAUUACUCAGGGCUAAAUGCUAACAACAGCCAUAGCUUUACAGCAAUGGUGUCAAACUCAUUCCAUGGAGGGCCUAGUGUCUGCUGGACACCUAGACAACCAGGUGAGGCGAGUUCCUUAUUAAUUAGUGACUUUACUUCAUCAAUCAAGUACAAGUGAGGAGCGAAAAUCCGCAGACACUUGGCCCUCCGUGGAAUGAGUUUGAUAGAUGUGCUUUACAGCAUUCCUCAGGGCUACAUACUAACAGCUAUAGCGUUACUCUUAUAAAAUGGGUUAAAAUCAUGUAUAGUAACUAACCCUAGGUGUAAAAUAGUAAAUAAUGGUUAUUUCUCCGAAAGUUUUAAACUGUCAAGAGGAGUAAAACAAUGUUGUCAACUAUUGGCAUAUCUAUUUAUUAUGGCAUUGAAAUGUUAGCUAUUAAAAUCAGAUCCAAAAAAAAUAUCAAGGGAUUAGAAAUCCAGGGCUUAAAAACAAAGGUGUCAUUGUACACUGAUGAUUCAUGUUUUAUUUUAAAUCCACAACUUGAAACCCUCCACAGCCUCAUAGAGGAUCUAGAUAAAUUUUCUAACCUCUCUGGAUUACAACCAAAUUAUGAUAAAUGUACUAUAUUACGUAUUGGAUCACUAAAAAAUAAAAAAUUUACAUUACCAUGUAGUUGACCAAUAAAAUGGUCUGAUGGUGAUGUGGAUAUACUCGGAAUACAUAUCCCAAAUGAAAUAAGUGAUCUCACUCCAAUAAAUCUUAAUAGAAAGUUAGCAAAAAUAGAUAAGAUCUUGCUUCCAUGGAAAGGUAAAUACCUGCCUAUUUGUGGAAAAAUCACCCUGAUUAACUCUUUAGUAUUAUCCCAGUUUACCUAUUUGCUUAUGGUCUUGCCUACGCCUAGCGAACAGUCUUUUUAAUUAUAUGAGAAAAAAAUAUUCCAUUUUAUUUGGAACGGCAAGCCAGACAAAAUUAAACGGGCCUAUUUAUAUAAUGAAUAUGAAUUCGGAGGACAGAAAUGAUUAAAUAUUAAAGCAUUAGACCUAUCACUAAAAGCUUCAGUCAUACAAAAGUUAUACUUAAAUCCGAACUGGUUCUCUAGCAAAUUAGUAAGAUUGUCUCACCCCAUGUUCAAGAAUGGCCUUUUUCCCUUUAUUCAGAUUACAACCUCUCACUUUCAGUUAUUUGAAAAGGAAAUCAUCUCCCAAAUAUCACUAUUUCUAAAACAAGCCAUAGAAAGUUGGUUGCAAUUUCAAGUUAAUCCUCCAGAAACGACAGAAAAAAUAUGCAAAAAAUAUUGUGCUUAAACUUAAAUAUACUAAUUGAUAAAAAAAAAAAAGGUAUAAUCUUCGUAAAUUAUAUCAUAGGUAGGGCUGGUGGAGCUGCACAUGCAGCUAACAAAAACAUGGAAAUGUCUGCUCUACCCAAAAUUACAACCAAAUAAUUGCAGCAUUACCGCAAAAAUGGAAGAGGAAAGUGGAAGGGGGAAAAAGUAAGGAAGUUGUCUGUCAGCCCUGCAUUAAAGAACAUAAUUGGUUAAAGAAAAUUGUGAUAAAUUAAAAAAGUAUACCAGUUUCAUUUAAGGACCAAAGGAUUGACAGCCGUCCCAUAUAGAUUGCAAAAUAGUUGAAGAGAUUUUCGACGUACUGAUUCCAUCGCAUAGUGUUUAUGAACUGAUACGCAAAACGACACCGGAUUCAAAACUUAUACUUUUUUUAUGUAAAUUAUUAUACAAAAUUCUUGCUACCAAUAGAAUGUUAUUUAAAUGGGGGAUACAAUCUUCCCAGCUCUGCAGAUUUUGCUGCGAAGAGACAGAAUCAUUAGAUCAUUUGUUUUGGUACUGUUCAUUUGUAGCUUGUUUUUGGUCACAGGUCCAGGAAUGGCUGAAGGACUGCAAUAUUUACUUGGAGCUAACCCUGCAGAUAGCAUUACUGGGUGAUCUGAAAAGUCAUAGUCAAUCGAUCAAUAAUAUAAUAAUACUUUUAGCAAAAAUGUUUAUUUUCAAUUUACAAUCUGUAGAAAUAAUGAGAAAAGAAGGGUUCAGAACUUUUGUGAAACAUCACAGUACAGUUGAAAAAUAUAUGGCAAAUAGAAAUCCAAUAUGGAUGGUGCUAAGAGAUAGAUGGGUGGUGUUGAAUGGAGUUGAAGGAUGGGACUAAUAACAACUAACAACAACUAAUAACAACAAGAUAACUAAUGUAAAGCAUACUGUGUCCAUAAUAUGUAUAUAGGUUAUAGGUUGAGAGCUUUUGUGAAAGAGCACAGUUAGAAAGUUAUGGCAUAUAGAAGCUAACCGGAUGGACAUCAUGAAAAUGAUCAGAGAGGUUGAGGGUAGAGGAAGUUCAGGAGUAAAAACAAACAAAAUAGAAUUAUUGUAAAAUUGACUGUGUCCAUAAAAUGUAUAUAUUAUGUAUAAGCUGGAAGUAGAGGCCUAAGCAUUGUUGUUCGCUAGUUUACUCCAAUUAGGGAAGGGGUGGUGGGUUUGGAAAGUAAUAAAGGGAAAUAUAUAUUUUUAAAGGAUAUGUGUACAGUGGGGAGAACAAGUAUUUAAUACACUGCCGAUUUUGCAGGUUUUCCUACUUACAAAGCAUGUAGAGGUCUGUAAUUUUUAUCAUAGGUACACUUCAACUGUGAGAGACGAAAUCUAAAACAAAAAUACAGAAAAUCACAUUGUAUGAUUUUUAAGUAAUUAAUUUGCAUUUUAUUGCAUGACAUAAGUAUUUGAUCACCUACCAACCAGUAAGAAUUCCGGCUCUCACAGACCUGUUCGUUUUUCUUUAAGAAGCCCUCCCGUUCUCCACUCAUUACCUGUAUUAACUGCACCUGUUUGAACUCGUUACCUGUAUAAAAGACACCUGUCCACACACUCAAUCAAACAGAUUCCAACCUCUCCACAAUGGCCAAGACCAGAGAGCUGUGUAAGGACAUCAGGGAUACAAUUGUAGACCUGCACAAGGCUGGGAUGGGCUACAGGACAAUAGGCAAGCAGCUUGGUGAGAAGGAAACAGCUGUUGGCGCAAUUAUUAGAAAAUGGAAGAAGUUCAAGAUGACGGUCAAUCACCCUCGGUCUGGGGCUCCAUGCAAGAUCUCACCUCGUGGGGCAUCAAUGAUAAUGAGGAAGGUGAGGGAUCAGCCCAGAACUACACGGCAGGACCUGGUCAAUGACCUGAAGAGAGCUGGGACCACAGUCUCAAAGAAAACCAUUAGUAACACACUACACCGUCAUGGAUUAAAAUCCUGCAGCGCACGCAAGGUCCCCCUGCUCAAGCCAGUGCAUGUCCAGGCCCGUCUGACGUUUGCCAAUGACCAUCUGGAUCAGGGUUCUUCAAUUCCGGUCCUGGAGGGCCGAAACACCUCUGUUUUUCAUCCUCUCCUUCUAAUCAGGGGCUAAUUCAGACCUGGGACACCAGGUGAGUGCAAUUAACUACCAGGUAGAAAUAAAAAACAGAAGUGUUUCGGCCCUCCAGGACCGGAAUUGAAGAACCCUGAUCUGGAUGAUCCAGAGGAGGAAUGGGAGAAGGUCAUGUGGUCUGAUGAGACAAAAAUUGAGAUUUUUGGUCUAAACUCCACUCGCCGUGUUUGGAGGAAGAAGAAGGAUGAGUACAACCCCAAGAACACCAUCCCAACCGUGAAGCAUGGAGGUGGAAACAUCAUUCUUUGGGGAUGCUUUUCUACAAAGGGGACAGGACGACUGCACCGUAUUGAGGGGAGGAUGGAUGGGGCCAUGUAUCACGAGAUCUUGGCCAACAACCUCCUUCCCUCAGUAAGAGCAUUGAAGAUGGAUCGUGGCUGGGUCUUCCAGCAUGACAACGACCCGAAACACACAGCCAGGGCAACUAAGGAGUGGCUCCGUAAGAAGCAUCUCAAGGUCCUGGAGUGGCCUAGCCAGUCUCCAGAUCUGAACCCAAUGGAACAUUUUUGGAGGGAGCUGAAAGUCUGUAUUGCCCAGCGACAGCUCCGAAACCUGAAGGAUCUGGAGAAGGUCUGUAUGGAGGAGUGGGCCAAAAUCCCUGAUGCAGUGUGUGCAAACCUGGUCAAGACCUACAGGAAACGUAUGAUCUCUGUAAUUGCAAACAGGUUUCUGUACCAAAUAUUAAGUUCUGCUUUUCUGAUGUAUCAAAUACUUAUGUCAUGCAAUAAAAUACAAAUUAAUUACUUAAAAAUCAUACAAUGUGAUUUUCUGAAUUGUUGUUUUAGAUUCCGUCUCUCACAGUUGAUGUGUACCUAUGAUAAAAAUUACAGACCUCUACAUGCUUUGUAAGUAGGAAAACCUGCAAAAUCGGCAGUGUAUCAAAUACUUGUUCUCCCCACUGUAUGUAUAUGUAUGUUUGUGUAUAUAAAUGUGUAUGUAUGUAUGUAUGUUUGUGUGUGUGUGUGUAUAUAUAUAUAUAUAUGUAUAUAUAUAUAUAUAUAUAUAUAUAUAUAUCUAUAUAUAUAUAUAUCUAUAUAUAUCAUAUAUAUCUAUAUAUAUAUAUCUAUAUCUAUAUAUAUGGUACAGCAUAUAUGGUAUGCUGUACCAUAUAUAUAUAUAUAUAUUUAUUUGCGAGAUAAAAAAACAUAUGGGGGAUUGGAAGUGAUGCAGACAAUUACAUUGAUGGAAGUUACAAUCUAUCUGCAAUAUUAAAGCUGAUCUACCCCCCCAAAAAAACAAAACAACAGCCCUACCAUUACAGUAGGGUUACAUGCUAGCAACAGCCCUACCAUUACAGUAGGGCUACAUGCUAACAACAGCUCUACAUUACAGUAGGGCUACAUGCUAACAACAGCCCUACCAUUACAGUAGGGCUACAUGCUAGCAACAGCCCUACCAUUACAGUAGGGCUACAUGCUAACAACAGCUCUACAUUACAGUAGGGCUACAUGCUAACAACAGCCCUACCAUUACAGUAGGGCUACAUGCUAGCAACAGCCCUACCAUUACAGUAGGGCUACAUGCUAGCAACAGCCCUACCAUUACAGUAGGGCUACAUGCUAACAACAGCUCUACAUUACAGUAGGGCUACAUGCUAACAACAGCCCUACCAUUACAGUAGGGCUACAUGCUAACAACAGCUCUACAUUACAGUAGGGCUACAUGCUAACAACAGCUCUACAUUACAGUAGGGCUACAUGCUAACAACAGCCCUACCAUUACAGUAGGGCUACAUGCUAACAACAGCCCUACCAUUACAGUAGGGCUACAUGCUAACAACAGCUCUACAUUACAGUAGGGCUACAUGCUAACAACAGCCCUACCAUUACAGUAGGGCUACAUGCUAACAACAGCCCUACCAUUACAGUAGGGCUACAUGCUAACAACAGCCCUACCAUUACAGUAGGGCUACAUGCUAACAACAGCCCUACCAUUACAGUAGGGCUACAUGCUAACAACAGCCCUACCAUUACAGUAGGGCUACAUGCUAACAACAGCUCUACAUUACAGUAGGGCUACAUGCUAACAACAGCCCUACCAUUACAGUAGGGCUACAUGCUAACAACAGCCCUACCAUUACAGUAGGGCUACAUGCUAACAACAGCCAUAGCAUAGGAUUUAAGUUAAACUAAACCUAGCAAUGAAAACACCAUGGUGACCAUUUUUAACUAUUAAGAUAAUUGCAACCAUUGUUGCAUUACUUGAGUCCAACUAGUCAAUGUUCUUUUGGGAGACAAAAACACAUACUUGGUUUCAUAUCCUUCAGACUAAAUGCAUUCCCAACCAUCAGAUGUUACUGUAUCUUGUUCAUAGCAUACAGAGAAAAAAAAAUAAUGGUCAAAAAUUAAUGUGAUGUUGAAUGAACUGUCAUAAGUAUAAUAUUGCCUGUUUCCCUCAGUCUCACCUGGCCUGAACUUAACUGAGCUAAUCAAAAACUAAUUGUUUAAGAAAAACAAAACAAAAAAAACUGCCAUAGCAUUACAACACUACUUAGGACUAAAUGCUAACUGGAGAUAGCAUUAUGUAACUCUGUCUUUUGCAUAAAACAUGCAUUACAUAAAACAUGCGAAGCAAGAUUUUCAUUAUAUUUUCAAUUAUGUGUGCAAGUCUCAAGUUUAGAGUAUUAAAUGUGAAAUUGAUUACAUCACUUCCUUAUUUAUUUUUGAUUUUUUUACCAUGUGAGGUGUGUACAGUAUAUCUAUUACUGCUCUGUGCUUUUCUCAUUGGCCUCCCCUGACAGUCAUGCAGACAUUCACAGUGGUGCCUGUGUGUGUGUGCUUGCGUGUGUUUGUGUGUAGAAGUUCCCAGAACUACCCACUGUGUGUCUGGCUUUCUCUGGACAUGGGAAACUGUCUGCAAUAACAAACCUUCAGAGUCAAACCCAUGUACUACUACUACUACUACUACUACUAAUGCAGACCUUUACAUACACUACAGGACCAAAUGUGGACAGCAGGUGUAUGUGGACACCUGCUCAUCGAACAUCUCAUUCCAAAAUCAUCUGCAUUAAUAUGGAGUUGGUCUCCCCUUUGCUGCUAUAGCAGCCUCCACUCUUCUGGGAAGGCUUUCCACUAGAUGUUGGAACAUUGCUGCAGUGACUUGCUUCCAUUCAGCCACGAGCAUUAGUGAGGUCAGGCGAUUAGGCCUGGCUCGCAGUCGGCGUUCCAAUUCAUCCCAAAGUUGUUCAAUGGGGUUGAGGUCAGGACUCUGCGGAGGCCAGUCAAGUUCUUCCACACCUAUCUCAACAAACCAUUUCUCUAUGGACCUUGCUUUGUGCAUGGGGGCAUUGUCAUGCUGAAACAGGAAAGGGCCUUCCCCAAACUGUUGCCACAAAGUUGGAAGCACAGAAUCGUCUAGAAUGUAAUUGUAUGCUGUAGCGUUAAGAUUUCCCUUCGCUGGAACUAAGGGGCCUAGCUCGAACCAUGAAAAACAGCCCCAGACCAUUAUUCCUCUUCCACCAAACUUUACAGUUAGCACUAUGCAUUGGGGCAGGUAGUGUUCUCCUGGCAUCCGCCAAACCCAGAUUCGUCCGUCGGACUGCCAGAUGGUGAAGCGUGAUUUAUCACUCCAGAGAACGCGUUUCCGCUGCUCUAGAGUCCAAUGGCGGCGAGCGUUACACCACUCCAGCUGAUUCUUGGCAUUGCGCAUGGUUAUCUUAGGCUUGGGUGCGGCUGCUCGGCCAUGGAAACCCAUUUCAUGAAGCUCCCGACGAACAGUUCUUGUGCUGACGUUGCUUCCAGAGGCAGUUUGGAACUCUGUAGUGAGUGUUGCAACCGAGGACAGACCAUUUUUACGCGCUAUGCGCUUCAGCACUCGGCUGUCCCGUUCUGUGAGCUUGUGUGGCCUACCACUUCGCAGCUGAGCCGUUGUUGCACCUAGACGUAUCCACUUCACAAUAACAGCACUUACAGUUGACCUGGGCAGCUCUAGCAGGGCAGCAAUUUGACAAACUGACUUGUUGGAAAGGUGGCAUCCUAUGACAGUGCCACGUUGAAAGUCACUGAGCUCUUCAGUAAGGCCGUUCUACUACCAAUGUAGAGAUUGCAUGGCUCUGUGCUCGAUUUUAUAUACCUGUCAGCAACGGGUGUGGCUGAAAUAGCCGAAUCCACUAAUUUGAAGAGGUGUCCACAUACUUUUGUAUAUAUAGUGUAGUCUAGCUACAGGCAGAGCACAGAGGCUGGCUUGCUCAUAGAGUUAGAAUGAGCUUUCCCUUUGUCCACAAGUUUGUUAGAAAGUGUAAUUGAAUUUAUAUACUUAAUUGACCCCCAAACGUUCUGAAAGGGGGUUUCCCACGUAGAGAUAGACUCAAAAGAUUAUAUUUCUAUGGUUUCCCACCACUAGCAGACACAGGAAUUCAGUACACACACAAGUUUGAACAGUGCUUGACUUCGAUUGAAAUCGGUUGAACUCUGCAAUACUUUUUAGCUGAUAUUCUAUAAGGUGCAGGAAGUCAAUCAGAAUAAAAUUUAAGGUGCCGGUCCUCAGUUCUGGUGAGCUCCUGCCCAAAAGAAGCACUGGGUUGGACCAAAGAGUGAUGGCGCAUAGUGUGUGCCAAUGAGAGUAGCUACAUUCUAUUCAUUCUGUUUGUAUGACGGUUGCCCUUUGACCUCUCCCUCAGACGGCGUGUUUCCGGGAGGAGCGGGACGUGCUGGUCAACGGGGACAGCCAGUGGAUCACCACCCUGCACUACGCCUUCCAGGACGACAACAACCUAGUAAGAUCUCCACUAACUUCAAACGUUUCAUAGGCUUUCAAUAUACUGUAUGUCAAUGAGUUUCAUAUGGUGACCACUUGAGCAUGAGGAGGGUAAAGAAUAGUGAUGGGUCAGCUGAUUGACUAAGCAGCAUUCUAAUGGACUCUCAAUUGCUCCAACUGUUUCUCCGACUGCCCUUCCCCCUUUCACAUUUCAAGGCUUGCGACCCAAAUGGCACCCUGUUCCAUAUUUAUUUAGUGUACUACUUUUGACCAGGGCCUGGUCCAAAGUAGUGCACUCAAUAGGGAAUAUGGUGCCAUUUGGGACGUAACCCAAAUGGCAGGGGUGCUGGGCACUCCCAUAACGAUUAUUAACCUGGACAUGCCCCUCAGUGUUGCAAAUGUGACAUUUGGUCCAGCAUGUUAUCUUUAUGUCAAUCCCAAGAGUCAAUGUGUAAUUGAAACCAUGCAUGGAUCCAUGUUGGAACGCUACCCCUCCAUCCAUUUCCCCCCUUUCAUGUUUUCAGUAUGUUUUAAGGGGUUGUGGCGGUUUGCUUCCCAAAUGGCGCCCUAUUCCCUUUAUAGUGCACUACUUUUGACCGGGGCAAAAGGCUCUGGGCAAAAGUAGUGCAGUAUAUAGUAGAAUAUGGUGCUGUUUGGGAUGUACACAAGCUGUAAAGAGGCCGGGAGGAAGUAAGUAAUAGGAUGACAGUUGAGGGUAAAGGAGUGAUAGAUUAGGUUGAGAGAAUGGCAGGAGGAGGAAGAAGAGUAAGGAGAACAGGGUAGGGCCUAAAGAAAGUAAAGAUGGAGGGAGGAAGUUGAGGAAUACAGAGAAUGUUACUUGUACACUAUCAUACAGUCAAAUUAUUAUCACUACAUUGUCAGUGAUAAUAAUAUGAUACUUUCCCCUCUCUACAGUAUCUGGUGAUGGAUUACUAUGUGGGUGGGGACCUGCUCACCCUGCUUAGUAAGUUUGAAGACCGGCUGCCAGAGGACAUGGCUAGAUUCUACCUAGCUGAGAUGGUGCUGGCUAUUGACUCAGUGCACCAACUGCACUACGUCCACAGGUGAGUCACUCUCACACACACACACGUGAGCGUUUGUUAACGUGUGUUGUAUUAAUGACUCAUGAAGAUUCAUUUGUCCAAGCCACCUGUAUGAUCACUGAAAUAUUUGGCUCCUUUGUGGCUCUAAAGCUAGGUAUUGUAUCUCCCGAGUGGCGCAGUGGUCUAAGGCACUGCAUCGCAGUGCUAGCUGUGCCACUAGAGAUCCUGGUUCAAAUCCAGGCUCUGUCGUAGCCGGCCGCGACCGGGAGACCCACGGGGCGGCGCACAAUUGGCCCAGCGUCGUCCAGGGUAGGGGAAGGAAUGGCCGGCAGGGAUGUAGCUCAGUUGGUAGAGCAUGGUGUUUGCAACGCCAGGGUUGUGGGUUCGAUUCCCACGGGGGGCCAGUAUGAAAAAUAAAAAUGUAUGCACUCAUUAACUGUAAGUCGCUCUGGAUAAGAGCGUCUGCUAAAUGACUAAAAUGUAAUGUAAAUGUAUUCAAAAUAUGACCUUCCUUAGAAAAGAGAAAGUGUGAUCACAUAUGUCAAGUCACAUUAACAUAAUAAUAAUAUAUACCAUUUAGCAGAUGCUUUUAUCCAAAGCGAAUUAAUCAUGUUUGCACACAUUUUUUAACGUACUGGUGGUCCCGGGAAUCAAACCCACUAUCCUGCCGUUGCAAGCGCCAUGCUCUACCAACUGAGCAAAACUCUCAAAAUCUAAAUAGAUGUGUUGUGGUGGUCCCCUGACUAACGCCCUGGCUGUGAGGGAGUAUUGUGAUAAGGGAUGUGACAGCCAAUAGGAAAAGCCCUCAGCCUCAAAGGCUCAUGGGAUAUCUGGUGCCCGUGUGGUGGAAAUCACUCUCCCUCUCACACACAGGAAGUGGUCACCAGACUUCAUCUGCAUAAUUACUCUCUUGACUCUGAAGAGGCCUCGGACCAACAAUUUGUUUGUGUCCCCAAAAGCGAGGGAGAGGGAGGGAGGGCUGUAAAUAGAGGACAGAGGAGAGAGAGAGGGGAAGAGACUGAUAGGGAGAGGGAGGGGGGAGAGAGGACAAAGAGAGAUAGAGGAGAGGACGGAUAGAGGGAGGAACAGAAGAGAGGGGAGGGAAAGAGGCACACAGGAGUUAGGGUGUGCCUGGCUGGCCUGUAGUAGCAUUGAUCUCCCAUAUCAGAGCAGUAGUAUAGACUCAGUGUAGCAUUGGGGACCCACUAAUUGUAUGGUGUUUUAGGGGGAGGCAGUGGGGGGAGGGGUGGUGGUGGUGGUGGUUGACUUGUCAUUCCCCUUUGAGGCCCUCUGAGACGUUUUGGGACGGUAAUGACAUGGUGCACGGGGGUGUGGUGUGUGUGUGUGUGGGGGGUGGUGGGGGUGUGGUGGGCCCUCUCAUGAGAGAUUGGCACGCUUGGUAUGUGGAGGGUGGAUACAGCAAGGGAAGGUCCCCUGUUCUCUCUCUCUGUCUGUGUGUGUGUGUGUGUGUGUGUGUGUGUGUGUGUGUGUUUUGCUGUGGGUGUGACUUACUGAAAGGACAUUGCAUUAGGCUAAUCCUGUAAUUUAUCUAAUAUAAUGCCCAUUAGAAUAGCUUGAAUCAGUGCAUAUAGGCCACAUUUCUGAAAUAAGGAUGGCCUAGUUAUAGAAAUGGUCUAUGUAAGUCAAAUAGUUCAGUCCUGUCUAUGUUAAGUACCGCUGUAAGCAUAAUGCCUUGUCAGUGCCACUGAAACAUAGCACACUGUUAUAGCUCACUGUUAUAACCUAAUGGUUAAAUGAAAUGUUUCUUUUAGUUUUUUUUUACAGAGUGUAGUGGCUAUCCCCCUCCUCAUUAGUCAGUCUCUAGUGUGUGUGUGUGUGUGUGUGUGUGUGUGUGUGUGUGUGUGUGUGUGUGUGUGUGUGUGUGAGGGCUGUGUGUGAGGCUGAUCAGUGGUCAGUGAUCUGCAUGACCUCCCACAGGGACUAGGAAACACUUCAAUGGACCAACUCAGCAUGACCUAGCUCACUGUUAGCAGGGCCAGCAUCUGGCCUGUGUGUGUGUGUGUGUGUGUGUGUCAGUGUUGUUUGUGUCAGUCAUUGUGUGUGUGCAUGUGUGUCAUGUGUGCUAUGCACAUGCCUGUGUGUGUGUGUGUGUGUGUGUUUCUCUCUAUUGAUCAGGGCCAUAUGUGUGUUAUAUUAUUGAUCAGGACCAUGUGUGCUCUACAGCCCUGUUUCCUCCCAAUGAUCUAAGGGACCAACCUCUUUCAUCAGACGGACCACUGCACUGACCACUGGCCACAGACAUCUCAUUACCUGUUAAUAUCAUAAAGCCACCAUGGUAACAGUGGCAGGAACAAUGCCCUGUUUGAUGUUGUAGAAAUGUUCAUAAAAGGUACCUAAAUCAGCAACGGCCAAUGGUGUGUAUAUGUAUGUAAGGUAUGUAUGUACGGUAUGUAUGCGCGUGCGUCCAAACAGUGGUGAUGAGGUCCCAUAGAACCCUGUGUGUGUGUGUGUUUGUCUGUGUCCCUUUCCCUAUCUCUGUCCCUAUCUCCGUAAGGAGACGUGGUGUGUGUGUCUGCUUGUUUGUGUGCUAGGGUGGAUUGGCCAUCUGGCAAUUCUAGCAAUUGCCAGAUGGGCUGGACAAUUUUUUUGUUGGGUGGGCUGGUCGAAAUUGACCCCCCCCCCCCCCCCCCCCCCCCCCCCCAAAUGAAACAAUGAAAAAGGUGACAUGGCUGGCGGCUCAUGGGCCUGCUAAAAUGUUGUUGUUUUUUAAAAUCUAUAAUGAGCCACUUGGCCCUACCAAGAUGGGCCAGCCCGGUUUUCUGAUAAACUGAGCUGAGGUCACUUAAACUCUCAUUCAAAGUCAAACGCGGCAUCAGCAAAGAGCGCUGCUCCAACUAUGUCAUCAGUUAGACAGCCAAGUUCAUGGAUCAUAAAAAAAGAGUGUCUAUAAAUGUAGCACAUUCUACAUUGUCACCUCACUCAUGAUUUGGUCAAACAGUAAAGUGCAAUAUCCUCAUGAUUCCUGUAAUGAAGGUAUCUGCCCUGUGCCCUCAGUGGGGCCUGCUGCUGUAAUGAGCGAGCCACUCUCCUCUCCCCCCAUGUGUUCGAGAUAAAAAUGCAUUCUGAUCGUAUGACAUUUCAAAAAGCAAUUGUGAGAAAAACACAGUUUCGGAUUCUUCGUCCCCUUGUCCCUGUUGAAGAGAGUAGGGUCUCAGCUUUCUGUAGGGAUAAUUUAUUUCUCAACUCUCCAUUUUAAGCUCAAUAGCAACUAUUUUACAACCAAGAUAUUUGAUAUGGCUUUGAGAUAUGGACCGGCGCGGAUGUGCAAAAUGUGCACCAGCUGUUGCGAGGGCAUAGGCCUAUAGGUCUCAUGUGUAGUAGCCUACAACUGCAACGUGUUUUUAGGACAUAACAUUUACUGUUGGAUGAAUACAUGGCUACUAGCAGUGGGUAUUAUAUUUAGUUAGCGAUCUAGUUAAUGUGCUUUGAGUUUCCACUUCUCAGGUGUUAAACCCCAAAUUGAAUUAGCCUAAGAUAUUUGUUAGUACACAUAAAGAUGUAUGUAAUUCAUAAAAAAAUUAAAUAAUAAAAAAAUGUAAAUUCUGUAGUUCUAUUUUGACAGUAAAGUGUAGCAACUAGCCUUGUCAACCCAAAAUGUAUGACAAUCAUUGGAUUAGGUUGCACAUAAAAAUAUAUUUAAUCAUGCAUUCCUGCUUGGACGAGUUAGAUGAAACAACCUAUUUCUUGAAUACCUUAGUAGUCUGUUUAUCAUACUUCUUAAUACAACACUAUUAAUUACUUUAUGAUUACUCAUGAUUUGGGUCCGACCAAAUCAUGGGCUGGUGCCACUAACUGUAAAAGUUGGUGGCACCAGUGACACCAGGAGAAAAUGUUAGUCUGGAGCCCUGUAAUAGUAAUGAACACUUAGGAUAGGUGUAGAUUCAUGGGAACACAUAAGAGAUGCACUAAUUUGCAAUAUAGCCAUUAGCUUGGCUUUUAUAACGUCUAAGGUAGGCUUGGGCAGUAUCCAUAUUGUCAUACCUACCUUCUAACAUCCCGGGAUAUUCUGUAAUACCGGCACUGAACCGGCACUGAACGCCACUGUGCCCCUGAGAUCCGUAGGUUAGCAAUGCUAACAAGUACAUGUAAAAGGUUGAGGGAGAGUGCAAUUUGCAUGCUGACAACAGGAAUGUCCAUUAGAGCUGUUGCCAGAGAAUUGAAUGUUCAUUUAUCUACCAUAAGCCGCCUCCAACGUUGUUUUAGAGAAUUUGGCAGUAUGUCCAACCAGCCUCACAACCACAGACCACGUGUAACCACACCAGCCCGGGACCUCCACAUCUGGCUUCUUCACAUGCGGGAUCGUCUGAGACCAGCCACCCUGACAGCUGAAGAGUAUUUCUGUCUGUAAUAAAGCCCUUUUGUGGGAGAAAAACUCAUUCUGAUUGGCUGGGCCUGGCUCCCCAGUGGGUGGGCCUAUGCCCUCCCAGGCUCACCCAUGGCUGCGCCCCUGCCCAGUCAUGUGAAAUCCAUAUAUUAGGGCCUAAUUAAUUUAUUUCAAUUGACUGAACAGUAACUCAGUAAAAUUGUUGAAAUUGUUCCAUGUUGCGUUUAUAUUUCUGUUUAGUAUAUUUGCAGGACAGUCAUCCCUGUUUAGGUUAUACAAGUAACUCAAAAAUGCUAGCCAGUUUGCUGCACGCACAAAAUAAAUAUUGGACAGUCAGGCUGUAUCCAGGAGGAGAUACUCUGAUGUUACCAAGUGAAGCAUGAUUUUGCAAGAUGCCUUGCACUUAGCAAGAUAGCUAACUAGCUACUAAAUUAGCAAACCAAAUGCACAACUGCAGAGCAUUUAGCACAUUUUUGACAGUUAACUUAAUAGUUAUAAGAUAUCUAGCUGGCAAACAUUUAGUUGUGAAUUCCAUACUGUAACUAGAUCACCUGGCGUGUGCUGCACAACAGUGAGUGACUCACAAGGCUCCGGUCUCUUCAUUGUGUGCUUGUAAACAAACACCAUGUGACUGGGGACUACCGGUAAGAUUCAUAAUGAAAAGUUAUGUGACGGGUGAAAUGAAGAACGCAAUAUUCUUUAUCUCCAAAUGUAUUGCACAAGUUGACUGCAGGUAUUUACCUAAAAAGUAGCUACAAAUAUUCCAAUGUAUAACAUUUAAAAAAUAAAAAAUAGUUUCAACGGUAUUGAAAAAGCAUCCCAUAGCUAUUUCCAAAUACCCCGGUGUACGGUAUACUGCCCAAGCCUAGUAUAAGGCUUAAGCAGACAGGUAAACAGACAGACAGAGAACAAGAAGAAGCACAGAGUGACAGCAGAGAAGAUGCUGAGACAGCACAACAGGGAGGCAAACCGAGUUGGCGACGCACGCAGUGAUGUGGGCUUGUGUGGAUAAAAUGCCAGGGCCGAAUUCUUGUCCGAGUCCGCCCCUGUGUGUGUGUGUGUGUGUGUGGUGCCAGAUGGCCCUCACAGAUGGAUGCUGUUGAGGUCUUAAAGGAGAUUACCUCCCUCUAUUCUCAGCCCCACUGCUCCUUCCUUAAGACCGCAGGAGCCCUGACCUGCCUGAGACAGAGCAGCCUAAUUAGCAACGCGCUACGCUAACUAGCUUAGCAUUAGCAUCCCCUGUGUUUUUUCUAGGGGCGCAACUGCUAAUGUUGUUAGCCAUGUUAGCCAGGCUAGUCUGCCCUGGAGUCAUUAACCUGCCCACACCGCCCACUGUCAAGUCACCGCGGUCCGACAGGGAGGGACGGAGGGAGGAAUGAGAGUUUGGAUGGGAGAAAAGGAGAGGAGGAAGAGAGCGAGGGAAUGUCAGAGAGCGACAGAGAGGGGGGUGGAUAAAGACAGAGGGAGGUAGAGAUGAGGCAAGUGAAAGAGACAGGGAGGGAUAGAGAUGGAGGGAAAGAUGGGUGGUAGCCAUGUUCUGUUUGUUUGAUCUCUGCUUGUUAGUGGCUCAGGGUUUCACUGGGUACUAAUUGGUUUAUUUUUAGGAACACACACACACAGAGAGCGAGAGAGGCAGGCAGGCUAGGGCCAGGUUUGAGCCUAUAAGGAAAGUGAGAGGUUGGAGACACCCACAGAGGUGUUAAGUAGAGGAGCAGAGGUGUGGAGAGAGGUGCACACUGGGAAACAGAGUUUGUACUGAAGAGAAGGCAUGUCAGUGAUCAGUCAAAGACACAGUUAAAGACAUGGUUGGGCAGAAUGACAACACAGAAAUUACUUAAUUGUAUCAUUAUAGCUAAACUUGAGCCGAAUGUAAGUAGUUCUACUUUGUAGGAGGGUGUUGUGUUGCUGUACCUUUUAGCCCAUUGACUUGAUUCAACAUGAAAAGAAAGGCUCCUUCUCUCUGUGUCUUUCGUCUGAAUCCCAAAUGGCAUCAAGAGCUAUUCCCUAUUAAGUGCAUUACUUUUGACCAGGGCCACUAGGGCUCUGGUCAACUUGUCAAAAGAUAGUGCACUUUGUAGGGAAUAUGGUGCAAUUUUGGCCGCAGCCUCAGUAUCCUGCUGUCCAGUGAGAAGCCUUUGUUAUUUUUGGUUCAGGGCGAACCGUAUGGGGGAACCCCUCCCCCCCCCCCUCCAAACCCUCUCAGCAAGCCAGGGCUUCUGUUUACCUCUCUAUGCACAUGCUUAUGAGUAGGGGGUAACCCCCUUACACUCCUCCCUCCGCAGAGAAGGGUGUACUGUACCCCCAUACUGCCACCUACACCCCUCCCUCCAACUAGAACCCUCCCAACUUGUGUUGUGCGGGUGCGUCACUGGGAUUUGCUUCAGCUACACUGGUAUGUUUUGUGCAUUAAUAGUGUAUUGAUAAGGGGACCAGUGGAGACACGGGCUUGACAUUGUCUGCAUUAAGUGGGAUGUAAAGCCUUCUCGGAAUUGUGGUCAGGACAGGGUCUCCUGGUCAGGGAGCGUGUGUGUAACCCUGUGAGGGGCCUGCCCUAUUGGGAAUAGAGGCAGCAAGGGCGGGGCACGGACCAAAUAAACACAAGACUUCAUGAGGGGAGAUGUGAAGGCAUCCAGGAGAAAACACACUCUCUCUACAGAACCAAAAUCUCUCUCUCUCCUUCACACACAGUCUCUUUCUCUCACACCAAACAAUCACUAGUGUUGCGUUAAAGUUGUUUUCGCUCUCUUUCAUUCUCAUUCCCAGUCUCCCCUUCUGGGAUAUAAGUGUAUUUCGUUUUAUUCCACUCCUGCUUCCUCCAUCCAUCCUUCUUCCUCUGAGGUAUCAGUAUAUUUAGUUUGGUGUCUCUGUCUGUCUCUCUCAGGGACAUCAAGCCAGACAACAUCCUGAUGGAUAUGAACGGCCACAUCCGCUUGGCUGACUUUGGCUCCUGCCUUAAACUCAUGGAGGACGGCACGGUGAGCACACACACACGUACACACACCGCUAUGUUCCAAACCAAACACCUCCAAACCACCAACCAAUCAACCCCCGACCCCCUCUAGGCCUCCCCUCUGGCGGAUUUCAUGGCUCUGCCUGUGGUUAAGACACUUCCUCUAGUUGAGCUGCUCCAAAGGGGUUGGCUACUUGGCUUUGAUGAAUGAGUUGAGACCUUAGAGGACCUGUCUCUCUAAAGCUGCUGUGACUGAUGCUCCUUUGGCCCAGUCUCAGUUAAGUAUUAUUUAUGUAGUAUGAACUCUAUGGCAUGGCCUUGUUCAGGUUUGGUGGACGUAUUUGACUCCAAACUCACUGUAGACAUGCAAUUAACAUCUCCUGAUUACAAAUUAAUGCUCCAGAUGAUACACUGCCUUCAGAAAGUAUUCAUGCCCCUUAUUAUUCCAAAUUAUGUUGUGUUAAAGACUGAAUUCAACAUUGAUUAACUGUUUCUCACAUCUACACAGAAUACCCCAAUAAUGACAAGGUGAAAACAUGUUUUUAGACAUUUUAGCACAUUUAUUCAAAAUGAAAUACAGAAAUAUCUCAUUUACAUAAGUAUUCACACCCCUGAGUCAAUACGAUUACAGCUUUGAGUCGUCUUGGGUAUGUCUGUAUCAGCUUUGCACAUCUGGAUUUGAGGAUUUUCUCCUAUUCUUCCUUGCAGAUUUUCUCAAGCUAUGUUAAAAUAGAUGGGGAGUGGCGGUGAACAGUAAUCUUCAAGUCUUUCCACAGAUUUUCAAUGGGAUUCAAGUCUGGGCUUUGGCUGAGCCACUCAAGGACUUUCACAUUCUUGUUUUGAAGCCAUUCCACCGUUGCUUUGGCUGUAUGCUUGGAGUCAUUGUCCUUUUUGGAACUUAAAUCUUUGCCCCCAGUCUAAGGUCGUUUGCACUCUGCAGCAGGUUCUCAUCAAGGAUUUGCCUGUAUUUGGCUCCAUUCAUUGUUCCCUCUAUCCUUACCAGUCUCCCAGUCCCUGCCACUGAAACGCAUCCCCAUAGCAUGAUGCUACCACCACCAUGCUUCACAUAGCGCUUUGCAUUCAGGCCAUAAAGUUACAAUAUUGUCUCAUCAGACCACAUAAUAUUUUGCCUUAUGCUCUCUUUCAUGUGCCUUUUUGCAAACUCCAGACGUGCUGUCAUCUGCUUUUUUCUCAGGAGUAGCUUCCAUCUGGCCACUCUCCCAUAAAGCCCAGAUUGGUGAAUUGCUGUAGAAACUGUUGUUAUUCUGUCAGGUUCUCCCAUCUAAGCCAAGGAACUCUAUUUCUGUCAGAGUGGUCAUUGGGUUCUUGGUCAAGGUCCUUCUUGUCCGGUUGCUCAGUUUGAUCGAACGGCCAGCUCUAGGCAGAGUCUGGGUAGUUCCAUAUUUUUACAAUUUCUCAAAUAUGGAGACCACUGUGCUCUUGGAAAAUGUCAAGACUCUAGAAAUUGUUUUAUACCCUUCCCCAGAUAUACUGUAUGCCUUAUCACAAUUCUAUCUCGAAGAUCUACGGACAGUUUCUUGGACUUUAUGGUUUAGUUUCUGCUCUGACAUGCACUGUCAACAAUGAGACCUGACAGUAUAUAGACAGGUGUGUUUCUUUCUAAGUCAUGUCCAAACAAUUGAAUGAGCCACAGGUGGACUCCAAUCAAGUUGUAGUGACAUCUCAAGGAUGAUCAAAGGAAAUUGGAUGCACCUGAGCUCAAUUUGGAGUGUCAUAGCAAAGGGGUAUUAAUAUUUGUGCAUCCAUGUUUCUAAAAACAUGUUUUCACUUUGUCAUUAUGUGGAAUAAAUCAAGGGGUAUGAAUACUUUCUCAAGGCACUGUAAAUAAAGUAUUAUAUUAUUUAUAUGGUUGAUCCCUCAUGUCAUCCAUCCAUCCACUCACUAAUCGAUUAAUCUCCUGUGCCUGGUCUCCCUCAGGUCCAGUCGUCGGUUGCCGUGGGGACCCCGGACUACAUCUCCCCGGAGAUCCUGCAGGCGAUGGAGGAUGGGAAGGGGAAGUAUGGUCCUGAAUGUGACUGGUGGUCCCUGGGAGUGUGCAUGUACGAGAUGCUCUAUGGGGAGACCCCCUUCUAUGCAGAGUCACUGGUGGAGACCUACGGCAAGAUCAUGAACCACAAGGUGAGGAGGGCUGGUUAGUGGCUGAUAGUGACUUGUAAUGACAUUGUACUUAUUGUACCAAAACCCAUCUUGAAUAAGACAUUUUUUUUUUAUUCAAACCUUUGUUCAAGACAAGUGUGAUUGUUUAGGUGUUGUUGGAGUCUUUGGUGUUAGGCUGAAGUUUGAAUUUGUAUGUUCUAGGUACUUUCUGUUUCAUAGAGUUAGUUUUAUUCUUUCUGACAACAAAGCGUUCAACUCUUCCUUCUUCUCUACCCCUUGCUUCUCCUUUCUCCUUUCCAUCGUCCGACAGGAGGAGUUAGGUGCUGCUGUGAGUGUUUAUUUUUGGGGGUCUGAUUGCCCAGUCCCAAAUGGACCCCUAUUCCCUACCCCCUAUGCACUUCUAGAUUCCUCUCAGAUCUCCACAAGCGCAUAGGGGGUAGGUCGCUUGGGGUCAAUUUGGGACUGGGUCUGAGUGUUUGUCGUUAAAGUUUGAGUAUGUUCUGUUCAGGGGAUGGAUGUAUCAAGCGAUUUAGAAUAGGAAUGCUGGUCUAAGAUCAGUUUAGCCUUUUAGAUCAUAAUGAAUGAGAUUAUAUGGACAGAUGGGACCUGAUCCUAGAUUAGCACUACUCUGAGACGAUUGAUACAUACGACCCCAGGUCUGUUCAUAGUUAGUUUCAGCCUAUCCUGACUCCAAACCACUCCGCUCUACCUUCCUAACUCUGCCCCCUCUCCCUUUCCAUCACCUUUCAACUAUACCUUCACCCGGCAGCCAUAUUGGCUGAAAGAAUGCCUUAAGUGUGUGCAUCAAACCAUCUUGCAUAGAACUAUACUGCUUUCUACUGCAAUAGGAGAAACAUGCAUGGGCUAUAUGAAACAAAAAUAUAUAUAUAUAUACACUACCGGUCAAAAGUUUUAGAACACCUACUCAUUCAAGGGUUUUUCUUUAUUUUUACUAUUUUCUACAUUGUAGAAUAAUAGUGAAGACAUCAAAACUAUGAAAUAACACAUAUGGAAUCAUGUAGUAACCGAAAAAGUGUUAAACAAAUCAAAAUAUAUUUGAGAUUCUUUAAAUAGCCACCCUUUGCACGCUCUUGGCAUUCUCUCAACCAGCUUCACCUGGAAUGCUUUUCCAAUAGUUUUGAAGGAUGCUUUUCCUUCACUCUGCGUUCCGACUCAUCCCAAACCAUCUCAAUUUUAUUUUUUUAUUUUUUUUAUUUCACCUUUAUUUAACCAGGUAAGCCAGUUGAGAACAGGUUCUCAUUUACAACUGCGACCUGGCCAAGAUAAAGCAAAGCAGUGCAAUAAAAACAACACAGAGUUACAUAUGGGGUAAAAAACAUAAAGUCAAAAAUACAACAGAAAAUAUAUAUACAAUGUGUGCAAAUGUAGCAAGUUAUGGAGGUAAGGCAAUAAAUAGGCUAUAGUGAAAAAUAAUUACAAUAGUAUUAACACUGGAAUGCUAGAUGUGCAAGAGAUUAUGUGCAAAUAGAGAUACUGGGGUGCAAAAGAGCAAAAUAAAUAACAAUAUAGGGAUGAGGUAGUUGGGUGGGCUAAUUUCAGAUGGGCUGUGUACAGGUGCAGUGAUCGGUAAGGUGCUCUGACAGCUGAUGCUUAAAGUUAUUGAGGGAGAUAAGAGUCUCCAGCUUCAGAGAUUUUUGCAAUUCGUUCCAGUCAUUGGCAGCAGAUAACUGGAAGGAAUGGCGGCCAAAGGAGGUGUUGGCUUUGGGAAUGACCAGUGAGAUAUACCUGCUGGAGCGCAGACUACGGGUGGGUGCUGCUAUGGUGACCAAUGAGCUAAGAUAAGGCGGGGAUUUGCCUAGCAGUGAUUUAUAGAUGGCCUGGAGCCAGUGGGUUUGACGACGAACAUGUAGUGAGGACCAGCCAACAAGAGCGUACAGGUCACAGUGGUGGGUAGUGUAUGGGGCUUUGGAGACAAAACGGAUGGCACUGUGAUAGACUACAUCCAAUUUGCUGAGUAGAGUGUUGGAGGCUAUUUUAUAAAUGACAUCGCCGAAGUCAAGGAUCGGUAGGAUAGUCAGUUUUACGAGGGCAUGUUUGGCAGCAUGAGUGAAGGAGGCUUUGUUGCGAAAUAGGAAGCCGAUUCUAGAUUUAACUUUGGAUUGGAGAUUCUUUAUGUGAGUCUGGAAGUUGAGUUUACAGUCUAACCAGACACCUAGGUAUUUGUAGUUGUCCACAUACUCUAGGUCAGACCCGUCGAGAGUGGUGAUUCUCAAAUUUGGUUGAGGUCUGGGGAUUGUGGAGGCCAGGUCAUCUGAUGCAGCACUCCAUCACUCUCCUUCUUGGUAAAAUAGCCCUUACACAGCCUGGAGGUGUGUUGGGUCAUUGUCCUGUUGAAAAACAAAUGAUAGUCCCACUAAGCCCAAACCAGAUGGGAUGGCGUAUCGCUGCAGAAUGCUGUGGUAGCCAUGCUGGUUAAGUGUGCCUUGAGUUCUAAAUAAAUCACAGACAGUGUCACCAGCACCCUUUACGGUGGGAAAUACACAUUCGGAGAUCAUCCGUUCACCCACACCGCGUCUCACAAAGACACAGCGGUUGGAACCAAAAAUCUCAAAUUUGAACUCCAGACCAAAGGACACAUUUCCACCGGUCUAAUGUCCAUUGCUUGUGUUUCUUGGCCCAAGCAAGUCUCUUCUUCUUAUUGGUGUCCUUUAGUAGUAGUUUCUUUGCAGCAAUUCGACCAUGAAGGCCUGAUUCACACAGUCUCCUCUGAACAGUGGAUGUUGAGAUGUGUCUGUUACUUGAACUCUGUGAAGCAUUUAUUUGGGCAGCAAUUUAUGAGGCUGGUAACUCUAAUGAACAUCAUAGCGCUUGAUGGGUUUUGCGACUGCACUUGAAGAAGCUUUCAAAGUUCUUGAAAUGUUCCGUAUUGACUGACCUUCAUGUCUUAAAGUAAUGAUGGACUGUCAUUUCUCUUUGGUUAUUUGAGCUGUCCUUGCCAUAAUAUGGACUUGGUCUUUUACCAAAUAGGGCUAUCUUCUGUAUACCCCCCCUACCUUGUCACAACAUAACUGAUUGGCUCAAACGCAUUAAAAAGGAAAGAAAUUCCACAAAUUAACUUUUAAGAAGGCACACCUGUUAAUUGAAAUGCAUUGACGUUUGUUGUGAGUAUGCCAAGAGUGUGCAAAACUGUCAUCAAGGCAAAGGAUUGCCAUUUGAAGAAUCUCAAAUAUAAAAUAUAUUUUGAUUUGUUUAACACUUUUGGUUAAUACAUGAUUCCAUAUGUGUUAUUUCAUGGUUUUGAUGUCUUCACUAUUAUUCUACAAUGUAGAAAAUAGUAAAAAUAAAGAAAAACCCUUGAAUGAGUAGGUGUUCUAAAACCUUUGACCGGUAGUGUGUGUAUAUAUACACUGCUAAAAAAAAUAAAGGGAACACUUAAACAACACAAUGUAACUCCAAGUCAAUCACACUUCUGCGAAAUUAAAACUGUCCACUUAGGAAGCAACACUGAUUGACAAUACAUUUCACAUGCUGUUGUGCAAAUGGAAUAGACAACAGGAGGAAAUUAUAGGCAAUUAGCAAGACACCCCCAAUAAAGAAGUGGUUCUGCAGGUGGUGACCACAGACCACUUCUCAGUUCCUAUGCUUCCUGGCUGAUGUUUUGGUCACUUUUGAAUGCUGGCGGUGCUUUCACUCUAGUGGUAGCAUGAGACGGAGUCUACAACCCACACAAGUGGCUCAGGUAGUGCAGCUCAUCCAGGAUGGCACAUCAAUGCGAGCUGUGGCAAGAAGGUUUGCUGUGUCUGUCAGCGUAGUGUCCAGAGCAUGGAGGCGCUACCAGGAGACAGGCCAGUACAUCAGGAGACGUGGAGGAGGCCGUAGGAGGGCAACAACCCAGCAGCAGGACCGCUACCUCCGCCUUUGUGCAAGGAGGAGCAGGAGGAGCACUGCCAGAGCCCUGCAAAAUGACCUCCAGCAGGCCACAAAUGUGCAUGUGUCUGCUCAAACGGUCAGAAACAGACUCCAUGAGGGUGGUAUGAGGGCCCGACGUCCACAGGUGGGGGUUGUGCUUACAGCCCAACACCGUGCAGGACGUUUGGCAUUUGCCAGAGAACACCAAGAUUGGCAAAUUCGCCACUGGCGCCCUGUGCUCUUCACAGAUGAAAGCAGGUUCACACUGAGCACAUGUGACAGACGUGACAGAGUCUGGAGACGCUGUGGAGAACGUUCUGAUGCCUGCAACAUCCUCCAGCAUGACCGGUUUGGCGGUGGGUCAGUCAUGGUGUGGGGUGGCAUUUCUUUGGGGGGCUGCACAGCCCUCCAUGUGCUCGCCAGAGGUAGCCUGACUGCCAUUAGGUACCGAGAUGAGAUCCUCAGACCCCUUGUGAGACCAUAUAGUGGUGCGGUUGGCCAUGGGUUCCUCCUAAUGCAAGACAAUGCUAGACCUCAUGUGGCUGGAGUGUGUCAGCAGUUCUUGCAAGAGGAAUGGAUUGAUGCAAUGGACUGGCCCGCCUGUUCCCCAGACCUGAAUCCAAUUGAGCACAUCUGGGACAUCAUGUCUCGCUCCAUCCACCACCGCCACGUUGCACCACAGACUGUCCAGGAGUUGGCGGAUGCUUUAGUCCAGGUCUGGGAGGAGAUCCCUCAGGAGACCAUCCGCCACCUCAUCAGGAGCAUGCCCAGGCGUUGUAGGGAGGUCAUACAGGCACGUGGAGGCCACACACACUACUGAGCCUCAUUUUGACUUGUUUUAAGGACAUUACAUCAAAGUUGGAUCAGCCUGUAGUGUGGUUUUCCACUUUAAUUUUGAGGGUGACUCCAAAUCCAGACCUCCAUGGGUUGAUAAAUUUGAUUUCCAUUGAUAAUUUUUGUGCGAUUUUGUCGUCAGCACAUUCAACUAUGUAAAGAAAAAAGUAUUUAAUAAGAUGAUUUCAUUCAUUCAGAUCUAGGAUGUGUUGUUUAAGUGUUCCAUUUAUUUUUUGGAGCAGUGUAUAUAUGUACUAUGCUUCUUUGUCAAGGGCCAUGUACACAAAUAAAUUAAUGAAACGGGAAAAUAAUUAUAUAAAUGUUAUUAUGCAAACAGUAUAGAACUAUACUGCUGUCUACUGCAAUAGCGGAACAUGCAUGAUCAGUAAAAAUAUACUAGAAAUAGAAAGAUUUGACAACUUUACGCAAACAAUAUAUUUAGGUUGCAUCCCAAAUGGUACCCUAUUCCCUGGUCAAAAGUACUGCACUAAAUAGGGAAUAAGGUACCAUUAGGGACAUAUCCUCAUUAUUCUGACUCCUUUCCCUCCUCCCUCAACCGGGUCCCCAGGAGCGUUUCCAGUUCCCCCUGCAGAUGACGGACGUGUCCGAAGACGCCAAGGACCUAAUCCGACGCCUCAUCUGCAGCCGGGAGCACCGCCUGGGCCAGAACGGCAUUGAGGACUUCAAAUCUCACCCCUUCUUCUCUGGUAGGGCUUGAAACCGUUUGAGGGAGCUCUGUCUGUAUCGCAUUAACUGUCUAUAUCGCGUUAACUCUUGUCUGUAUAACUUUGUCUAUUAUCGCGAUAACUCUGUCUAACUCCAAUCAUCAAGAUGAAAUUACGAUGGCUGCUUUCAUCGUGAUGAUUGCCGUUGAAGUGAGACUAGACGGUAGUGAUACGAUUUUAAACGACAAUAAGAAACGGUAUAUUAUGAUAAAUAUAACAGUACGAAACUGUAAUGCCAAUUUGUGUCAUUCCUGUCAGGCAUUGACUGGGACAACAUCCGUACGUGCGAGGCCCCCUACAUACCAGAAGUCAGCAGCCCCACAGACACAUCCAACUUUGACGUGGACGACGACUGUCUCAAGAACUCGGUAAGUCUCUCUUUAUGGGACUACAUCAAGACUUAAAGAGUCUUUCUUAUUCUCAGCUUUCCGUCUCUGUUUCCAUCUUUUAUUGCUCCUUCAUCUCUCUCAUCGGUCUGCAAUGUUGUUGAGGUGUGUUUUAAUCAAAUGUGUUUUGUGUUGUGUCAGGAGACGAUGCCCCCUCCCUCUCACACGGCCUUCUCUGGACACCACCUGCCCUUCGUAGGCUUCACCUACACAAGUAAAUGGUGAGUGGCCGCUAAACAGCAAUUUGUCUUCAGUUACAACGUUUACUUCCACAGCUUUGUUAAUAGAUACAGCAUACAUAAAAAUACAUCCUCACUGCUAGCCUGGUCCCAGAUCUGUUUGUGCUGUCUUGCCAACCCCUAUGGUUGUUCUGAGCAUGGACUAUACAGCACAAUCAGAUCUGGGACCAGGCUACUUCACUCCUACUUUUCUAUCAUCUGAUCUAACCUCAUUCCACACUUAAACUAGCACUCAAUUUCCCACCAGUGAGAAACUAUUGAAUCAUCUGAUUGUCAUCUUAUCCUAGCCUGAAGGCUAAUGGUUUGUUAAUAGUGGUUUUUCUCUCUCCCCCUUGCUCUCUCUCUCUCUCUCUCACUCCCUCUCUCUCUCCUUUCUUUCCCCUCACUUUCUCUCCCCCUCUCUCUCUCCUCUUUCUCCCCCCCUUCAGUACCCUGUCUGACCGGGGCUGUCUGAGGGAGUCAGGCGGUUCGGGUCCGGCCCAGAUGGAUGUGUGUGUCCAGCGCAGUCUGGAGGAGAGUCUGGCCACCGAGGCCUAUGAGAGGAGGAUACGACGUCUGGAGCAGGAGAAGACCGAGCUCAGCCGCAAGCUGCUAGGUACACACAUAGACGCACAUAUACACUGAGUGUACAAAACAUUACGAAUAUUGAGUUGGAGACUCCCCCCUUUUCCUCUUAGAACAGCCUCAAUUCGUUGGGGCCAUGGACUCUACAAGGUGUCGAAAGCGUUCCACAGGGUGCUGGCCCAUGUUGACUCCAAUGUUUCCCACAGUUGUAUCAAGCUGACUGGAUAUAUUUUGGGUGGUGGACUAUUCUUCAUACACACGGGAAACUGUGAAAAACCCAGAAGCGUUGCAGUUCUUGACACAAACCGGUGCGCCUGGCACCUACUACCACACCCCGUUCAAAGGAACUUAAAUAUUUUGUCUUGCUCAUUCACCCUCUGAAUUGCACACAUACACAAUCCAUGUCUCAAUUGUCUCAAGGCUAAAACAUCAUUAUUUAACCUGUCUCCUCCUCAUCCAGGCCACUCUCCAGAUGUUUAAUUUACACACCGUCUCUCUAGUACUUUCACACUCUCCUUUCCUCCUCUCCUUACCCUCUCCUCGUUCCUCUUCCAGAGUCGACCCAGACAGUCCAGGCCCUGCAGCACGCGUCAGGAGAAGGACCAGCACCCGUCCCCUCUAGCAAGGAGGUGGAGAUCAGGAGUCUGAAGACUGAGAUUGACAUCCUCAAGAAACAGAUCGCAGGUAAACAUUCAACUGUAAAGAUUUGACUGUGUAGUAGAACACAAACAAAUUCCAGCCAGGUCAGUCGGACUGGAAAUACAUUAUACAUAAUGGGCAAGUGCAUACAUAAUGGAAAGAUAGACAGUAAUGACUAGGAAGACAUAAUAACUGGCAAUCCAUAAUGCAUACAGUAAACAGCCAGGUUCAUUAUGGCAAUUGCAUAGUCAAUGACCUGUACAAUGAAAUAUAUAAUGACCGAAAACAUACAUCAUAUGUAAUGCAUAUUGGAUAAAGUUGUGUAUAACAACAUUGACCCUCUGUAAUGUGGGUAAUGUGUGUGUGUGUUAGACUCAGGUCAACUGGAGCAGAAGUUGGAGGAAGCUACGUCAGCCCGUCGAGAAAUGGAGGACUCAUCCAAACACAUCAGGAGCCUGGAGAAACAGAUGAAGAGCCUCAACCUGGAGAGGGACGACCUGCACAAGGUGGGUGUGGGUGUUGGUGUGUCGGUGUGUGACUUCCCUAGGUCUCGAUACAACAUAUAGCACCCACCUGGGUGUUACUCCCAGUCACUCAGUAUCAGCCACUAACCCUAACCCUCAUUCCCUAUAGGACUUAAUGGAGGCCAGUGAGAAGAUGAAGAGUCAGUCUAAGGAGUUGAAAGAAGCCCACAGCCAGAGGAAGCUGGCCAUGCAGGAGUUCUCCGAGCUCAACGAGCGUCUGACUGACCUCAGAUCAACCAAGCAGCGCCUGGGCCGCCAGCUCCGGGACAAGGAGGAGGAGAUGGAGGGUUUGUCCCAGAAGGUGGAGGCUCUACGGCUGGAGGUGCGCAAGGCCGAGAGGGCCAAGAAGGAGGUAGAGUAGUCGCGUGAUUCCUGUGGUUCUUCGAGGUAUUGGUGUGUCUGUCUGUUGGAUGUUUUUUACCUGUUAAGUUUAUGGUAGUUAGUGUGUGCAUGUCUACGUGAAGGAAGAUCUGUGUGUUGGCUUCUACUGUGUGUGUGUGUGUGUGUGUGUGUGCGUGCAUUAACCCCUUGCUGGAUGUGUCUCAGAUGGAGGCCCAGUCCGAGGAGCAGACCGCAGACUCUCAGAAGGAGAGGAAGCUGAGAGAACGAUCAGAGCAGUACUGCAGACAGCUAGAGGAGGAGCUGGACGGACUCAAGGUAGCACACACUGGAGGCCUUCACAGGUCCAAAACGUUGGACCCGUACCGAAAUGGACCUGGGGCUUUCCCAUCCGGACCUGAUAUGCAUAAAUUAAUUUGUAAAAUAUAGAGACCCGUUCCGAAUGGACCCGCGGACAACUAGACCCGUUAGCUAGGUUAUUUAUCAUGCAAUAUGAUUACGUAGUACCUUUCUUGACUGCAUCAAACAGGGAGAAGCUAGUUAAGCUAUCUAGCUAGCAGCUAGCUAGGCUAAUUGAGUCUGCAUGCGCUUUCUCGUCCUACACAGUUACAAACAACAACUCCAUUCAGAAUAUAAAGUAGCAGCCUGCCUGUUGGCUCUUGGUCGUUGUAGCCUAUCCUUCACCUUUAACUUUUAAAUUCCGUAUCGGGUCUCGGGUAUUCGGGUACAGGUGGAUCCGUGAAGACCUCUUAACACACACACACACACACACUAACACACACACACUAACACACACACAGAUACCCUUUCUAGAAGACGUAACUCAUAAUUAUCUUACCCAUUCUAGAAGACGUAACUCACCAUUCUCUUACCCUUUCUAGAAGACGUAACUCACCAUUCUCUUACCCUUUCUAGAAGACGUAACUCACCAUUCAUUGAGAAUUAUGAGUUACGUCUUCUAGAAAGGGUAAGAGAAUGAUGAGUUACGUCUUCUAGAAAGGGUAAGAGAAUUAUGAGUUACGUCUUCUAGAAAGGGUAAGAGAAUUAUGAGUUACGUCUUCUAGAAAGGGUAAGAGAAUUAUGCAUUACGUCUUUUAGAAAGGGUAAGAGAAUGAGUUACGUCUUCUAGAAAGGGUAAGAGAAUUAUGAGUUACGUCUUCUAGAAAGGGUAAGAUAAUUAUGAGUUACGUCUCCUAAAAAGGGUAAGAGAAUGAUGAGUUACGUCUUCUAGAAAGGGUAAGAGAAUUAUGAGUUACGUCUCCUAAAAAGGGUAAGAGAAUGAUGAGUUACGUCUUUUACAUUUACAUUUUAGUCAUUUAGCAGACGCUCUUAUCCAGAGCGACUUACAGUUAGUGAAUACAUUUUUUUUUUUAUACUGGCCCCCCGUGGGAAUCGAACCCACAACCCUGGCGUUGCAAACGCCAUGCUCUAUCAACUGAGCUACAUCCCUGCCGGCCAUUCCCUCCCCUACCCUGGACGACGCUGGGCCAAUUGUGCGCCGCCCAUGAGUCUCCCGGUCGCGGCCGGCUGCGACAGAGCCUGGAUUCGAACCAGGGUCUCUAGUGGCACAGUUAGCACUGCGAUGCAGUGCCUUAGACCACUGCGCCACUCAGGAGUAGCGAGAACGACUUGUAGUCAGAGACGCACAUGUAGGCAAUGUGAAAUGGCUAGCUAGUUAGCGUAGCGUUCAAUCGACGGCGUCACUCACUCUGAGACCUAGAAGUCGUUGUUUUGUGGCGCGACUGAAAGCGCUACUUCAUGGAUGACACUUCUCGAUGUGUUCAGAGGGUCCCUGGUUUGAGCCCAAUCCGGAACAGGAACAGGGACAGGGACGGAAGCAAUACUGUUACACACAAAACACACACACAUUGGGUGUAUUCACUAGGAACCAAAGGGAAGCAAACCUUUCCAUUGCAAAACGUUUCGCUCCGGCGUGCACUAAUGAACACACCCCUUGUUGUGUGUAUGUGGCUAACUCCUCUCUUCCCCUGAACUAGAAGCAGGUGGGGCCAUCAGCUUCGGUGGUGGGCUCGGACCAGAGCCAGGAGGUGGGGAAGCUGCGUGCCGACCUGGAGAAGAAGACCGUGUUCUACGAGGAGGAGCUGAGCAGGAGGGAGGCGCAGCACGCCAACGAGCUCAAGGGCCUCCGCAAGGAGCUCCGCGACGCAGAGGGACAGCAGCUCACCCUGCAGAAGGAGAUCCUGGUCCUCAAGGACAAACUGGAUAAGACGCGCAGGGAGAGGUGCGUGUGUUUGUCUUGUCUGUCUACAUAUGUAUUUCUUUGUGUGUGUCAUGGGUUAUGUGCGUUACCGCCUUACUAAAUUUGGAUAUCCACAACACUCAUAGACUUAUAAAAUUGACAUAUAGGACAGUCAAUUUACAGACCUAGACAAAGCAUUCAUGGUUCUGGUCAAAACUCUUUGUAGUAAAUGGAGACAUACUAUACAUGCCCGACUGUUUUCUUCCCCUUCUUUCUAGCGAGGGUUAUACGAGGUAAACUUGGUCAAAGUUACUUCACCCUGGACUCUACUGUGCUCACAGUGUAGUUAGAUCUUAGAUACCUCCUAUUAGGACUGUCACCAUAGCAGUGUCAUGGUAUAAACAUUUUCCAUGGCAAAAAACCACCAAGCAGACUAAACUCUUUGCUCCUUUAAAAACCUGCUUUAUGUCAAAUAUUGUGUGCUAAAGCUUUGGAAAUAAACAUGUGACAACAAAAGGCAGUUAAGAACGGUUUUCCUUAAGAUAUUAAGUCCCCUUCAAUUCUUCAUGUUCCUUGCUAAGAUCCAUCUGAGUAUCACGAUACUGGUAUCAUGACAACCCUACCUCCUAUUGUGACCUUGCUCCUGAGAAGACUCUUGUACAUGUCUUAGAGUUCCUUAGAUCUAACUGCCGUUGUUUGUCUAUCUACUUGAACAUUUCCAUUGAAAGUACUUUUUAGUCCAGUAAUAGGUUUAUUAAUCUGGGACUGGGAAACGGGCCUAUAGAGUUGACAUAUUCAGUAGGACAGUUACUGUCUCUCUGUAGUAGUACUUACCUGACAGUGUACUCGUCAUCUUCUUUCCAGCGAGGUUUAUACGAGGUAAACAUGGUUAAAGUUACUUCACCCUGGCCUCUACUGUGCUGUACUCACAGUGUAGUUUAACAUUAGUUACCUUCUCUCUUCUGACUUAGCUCCUGAGAAGGCCCUUGUUCAUGUCUUAGAGGCCCUUAGAUCUAGCUGGUGUUAUCCCCCUCUGCCUCUGUCCAAGAAGCAACAUUUCUCUAAGCUAACGACACCUAAUACAGACUGACACUGGAGAAAUAUAAAGCUAUAAGAUGUUGUUUUUCUACCCUCCAGCUUAGCAUCCCUGGCUUGCCUAGUUCAAACUGGGGUGCGUCCCAAAUGGCACCCUCUUCCCUAUUUAGUGCACUACUUUUGACCAUGGCCCAUAGGGAAUGGGAUGCCAUUUGGGAUGCAGAUCUGGCCCCUGGAAAGUCUCUUUAACAGUAUUAAUGUGGUUGAGAUUAAUAGGGCAUAUCUGACUGGUCUUUGUCUCAAAACACCUUAUCUGGCCUAUGAGUGUAAUCUUCGGACCUUGCUCUGAAUAGCAGGCAUAGUGUGUGAUUGAUGUGUGUGUGUGUAAGUGAUGAUGGAUCAUCUGAAUGUGUGUGUCGGUCUCUUGUGUGUGUGUGUGGCAGCCAAAGCGAGCGUGAAGAGUUUGAGACGGAGUACAAGCAGAAGUACGAGAGGGAGAGGGUCAUUUUGACAGAGGAGAACAAGAAGCUCUCCAGUGAACUGGACAAGGUGAGAUGUUACACACACACACACACACACUCACACACACUGCCCUGACCUGAGGUAACCCUUUCACACACACAUCCCAAUUCUCGCAUCAUAUGACUCCCCCCACCUCCACCCUUCUCUCUUGGCAAAGCCAAUAUAAUCACUGUUCAUCUAUAUCCACUUUCAAACCACGGUCUCCUACACACGCAAAUGGAACGGCCCGUUGGAUCCCAAACUAUUGACUUUGGAAGUGGGAAAAAUGGGAAUGAGAAAUGGAAGUUCCCAAACAAAAUACUUUUGUAGGAGUUCUGACGUAUCAUAUUAAAAGUGAUGUUUGUUUUUAUGGUAUUGCAUAUUAAGUAUAAAGCAAUGCCUUGAAGUUGAUAGCACCCAGGGUGCAUGUGGAAAAUAGGGAACAUUCCCCAACACUUCCUGAACACAUGCACAACCUGGAGGAAUAGGGAGAAGCACAUAUCAUUGGCCGCGUCCCAAAUUACACCCUAUUCCAUUUGUAGUGCAUCACUUCUGACCAGGGCGCAUAGGGGACUGGUCAAAAGUAGUGCACUAUUCUGUUUCACAUGCUUUCAGCAUGAAAGCCAGAACACAGGGAUCAGAUUAUAACGUAUUUUUUUUUCUGUGAAUGAUGAGAUGUUUAUUUUUUAUUUAUUUUUUUGUCUAAAGCUAGUUGUUUUCGUUCUGAAAUAAAUGCAGAAAUGUCAACAAAUACAAGGUUACCUUGGAAAUAUUAUGUUUAGCCUGUUUAAAUUAUCCUUCAAACUGUGUAUUAUAACUCUGGGUCCAUGUUAGCUUGCACUUACCAUUGUUUUGCUGGUCCUAUAUCAACCAACAACCUACUUGCCACUUUUUUGCAAUAUGCCCAGUAAUAAUUUCCUACUGUCAAACCAUUACGCUAAAACACACUCCCUCUGCAACUGUCAAGUAGGUUAUAAUUACCAAGCUAGCUACAUGUAUUUAUAAAUGGCCAGUUGUUGCAACGAGUGCUAGGAUCAGCACUUAUGACAUCAUCGAUCAUAAUGUAUUAUAUAGAUGACUAGUGAGCCCCUCUUUCCACCUCCCUGCCCUCCUCCCCCUCUCUCUCUUCUCUCUACCCACCCUACCCUUUGUUGGGAUCCCCCCUGGCCUGCCCUUCUCUCCCCUCUUCUUUUACCCUUCCCCUGUACCCUGUCCCCUCUUUUUAUGCCCCCUCUCCCUUCCCUAACUUUCUUACCUCCUGCCCUAAGCUUUUCUCCCCUCUCUCUGUCCCUCUUUCCCCUUCUCCAACCCUGCCCUGCCUUUCCCCACCCUGUCAUACCCUUGAAACUCUGGCGCAACAUGUCUCAAAUUAAAGUUAAAUCGCAAUAUCUGCUGAGGUUGCCAAACUCUGUAUAAUAUCUAUGGCUCUGAUUGACUUUGUGUUGCCCUCUCUCCUCUCCUCUCCUCUCUCCUCUAGCUGACCUCCAUGUUUGAGAAGCUGAGCAGCAGCAACAGACAGCUGGAGGAGGAGAUGAGGGAGCUGGCUGACAAGAAGGAGAGCGUUGCUCACUGGGAGGCCCAGAUCACUGAGAUCAUACAGUGGUGAGGGGUGGAGAGACAUACAGGACAUACAUGCACGUGCGCACACACACAUGCUUACACACACACACACACACACUGCAACACUGAACUGAUACAAUGGUGAGUGGUGCCCCCUGCCUGCCACUCCAGGACACUGCAGUAGGAGAAACCUGGUUUCCACUAGAUAGCACAUAUUGGCAAUAUUGUAAAAAAUCAUAAAAACCAAAAUAUGCUUUUUGGUUUUAAUGUAAGGUUAGGGUUAGGCAUAAGGUUAGCACUGUGGUUGAGGUUAGGGUUAAGACUGUGGUAACUAGUGACGACCAGAGCUCCUGUAUGGACCAUAGAGACCCCUAGUGGGGGAAAUGUGUAUGUACUGGCAAGGAAGGUUCAGAACCCUCUAUGUCCACAGUAUGUACACAGAACUCUGGCUCUGGGCCUAUUUAGGCUGAGUCCCAACUGGCAUCCUAUUCCUUUAUAGUGCACUAUUUCGGGAAACGCAGUGCACUAUAUCGGGAAUAGGGUGCCAUUUGGCAUACAUUCUUAGUCUAAUACUCAAUACAGUGUAAUGGCAAGUUAUCGUAACCGUAUUGUAAUCUUGUAGUCCAGUUAAAGUGACAGUUUGGAUAUGAUGAUAACGUAUGUAACAGAGACUGUGGUUUGUGAGUUAAUUGUGAGGGCUACUCAUAUACCUGUAUUUAUUGACUGUGUUACACGGCCAACGAGUUUGUGUACUACCUACAGGGUGGGGCUUCCUACAGGGUGUGUGUGUGUGUGUUUGUAUAAUGAUGUCAGUGAAUGUGUUCUCUGUUUGUGUGUAAUGUGUGUGUGUUCCAGGGUGAGCGAUGAGAAGGAUGCACGAGGCUACCUCCAGGCUCUGGCCACUAAGAUGACGGAGGAGCUGGAGGGACUGAGAAACACCAGCCUGGGUGCCAGGGCCACGGUGAGACACACACACACACACACGCACGCACGCAAGCACAUCUGUACCUCUCUCCUCACAUCUGCAUUGAACUUACCCUUCGUCAUUUAUGUUCCUUUCACUCUCCUCUCUCUCCCUCCUUUCCCCCCUACAGCAGGACAUGCCGUGGAAGGUGCGGAGGUUUGCUAAGCUGGACAUGUCUGCCCGUCUGGAGCUGCAGUCUGCACUGGACGCUGAGAUCAGAGCCAAACAGACCAUCCAGGACGAACUGAACAAAGUCAAGGCCUCCAACAUCUCCACUGAGUGGUACGACCACUGCUGCUCUUACUUACUUCCUUCUACCUUUAAGUUCUUACUUAGUCUAAGAACUACACUGAGACUUAGAAAAUCGUUAUUGUUCAAAAAGGGAACAUGGGAUAUCGGGCACAUUCUAGUGCAGUACAUUGCAAUCAGUCGAGAGCGUGCACCUAAACCAUUGCUCUGUUACGUUUGCGUGAUUUGAUUUGGCAUUGUUGACAUUCUCUGGCUCAUCCAUCCUCCUCUCUCCUCAGUAAGCUGCAGGAGUCGGACACUAAGAACCAGGACCUGCUAGCUGAGAUAGAGAGGCUGAAGAAGGAGACGGAGGAGCUCCGCCUGCGCAGGGGUGAGACUGGAACCAUCACCUCUGACCUAUGUUUCUCCUCUCCACACUAUCAAUUAUUUUUGAGUGCCGACCUUUUAGUUUUUCUAUGUAUGGAAUAACUGGUCUUAAGCACCAACUAAGAAACUUUCAAUGUAUGAAACUGGGAGAGCGCAAUGGUUUUCUACUUUCUCUGUGCUGCAUUUAGGACAGCAUGGUGAUGUGAUUCUGGUCUCUGGUAUGGUUGUUUUGUGUAGGUGUGAAGCACCAGGACUCCCAGAACUCUUUUCUGGCCUUCCUCAACGCCCCCACCUCAGCCUUGGACCAGUUCGAUGUAAGUAGCCAUCCCUCGCACUUUACAGACAGGAAGGCUUUUAAUAAUCUGUUCUAAAUUCCACGGUCUCUGACUUGUUUAAAGAUUAGAGGAAAUGUUUAAAGACCUCUCUUCUGUUGUUGAGUGACAGUGUCUUCCUUCACUUUUUUUUUAAACAUUGAUUUUGUUCAGAACAUUCAUUUUAUUUUAUUAAUUGUAUUUCUUUCAUUUGUGUAAAUAUUUCACAUCUUGUUUUUAUUUGGUUCUACUUGCUUUCAUGUUCUGCUCCGUCAGGACUCUUUAUCCUCAUCCUCAUCCUCUUUAAUUGAGUUUUGGGAAGACGUAAGUUUCUGUUGGGCCGACGGGUGUGGAGCUCUAGACUGUAGAUAGACUAUAAGCUAGUGGCCUCAGAAAGAGUGUGGUGAUUUGAUCCAGUGUUUGUGUGAGUGAGUGAACCAUACCUCUCUGUGUUCGCCUGUGUGUGUAUCUGUGAGCAUCAUAGCUAGUCCUGUGUGAGUAGAUAAGCCUACUAGCCAAUGAGUCUUCUGUGAAUGUAGGUUUGGAUCAGUGGCAUACCCAGUCUUUGGCUACAUCCCAAUUUUCCACCCUUCUUCCAAAUUGUGCACUUGCACAUUCCGCGUCAUCCAUUUAAAAGCAUAGGGUUGAUAUAAGAAUUGGCUAGAGGGAGUUUCCACCAUUGUUAAAUCCAUGUGAGAAAAUGCUCACUUCAGGAAAAGGGGGAGAAACGGAAAAUAGCCAUUGCGUGAGUGGGGUUUGCAGCAGCAGAGUUUGGGCUCCUUGGCUUUUAGUCAAGACUUGAAAGAAUGUUUGUAUAAUGAGCCGAUUCCUCCCACUUAGUAUACAGACAUUGUUUGAUGUCAUCCAUGGCUACUUGGCUUUGAGUCCAGACACUACAGAACAUACUGUUUAAUACUCUGUAGUGAGCUUCCCUUCCACACUGGUAGUACCAUCAUGAGUUCCCCUAUUAGUCCUAGAGACUCUGUCCCAUAUCGCACCCUAUUCACUACUUUUGAUCAGGGGCUGUAGUCAAAGUAGUGCACUAUGUAGGGAAUAGAGUGCCAUUUGGGACGUAGACGGAUAUUACCCAAUCCAGGCAGAUAUUACCCAAUCCAGGCAGAUAUUACCCAAUCCAGGCAGAUAUUACCCAAUCCAGGCAGUGUCCUUCAGUGCAAUGUGGAAAGGACAUCCUCAGCAAAUAGAUAGGCUACCAUUCCUUUUUAUGUGACCUAUUUAAGAGCCACUUCAGACUUCUCAAUGUUGACAUCUUUCCAUUUUUCUAUCCCUCUCUCCCUCCCCCCACUGAAGCGCUCUCCAUCCGUUGGGCCAACUAGCAAAGGCAGACGUGUAAGCUAAGCAGCAGUUCUGUGCUUGUUAUUUUGUCUGUGCCCAAUCACCCUCUGAAUCUUAACCGUGUCUGUUGCAUGAAUGGGAAUGUAUUGUGUGUGUGUGUGUGUUGUGUCGGUUCUUAUGCAUGGGGCUUUGUGGAAAAAGCACCAUUUGGACUUUCAAAAAAGUUAAAUCAGAUGCAUCCUUCCAAGGAGUCUUUUAUUGUAUUUGUCUUUGCUUUUAAGGCAUGGUGUAUGUAUGGGUGUAUGGCCUGCACUGUAGUCCUCCAGUAAACUACAGUAGUGUAUAUGUGUGCAUUUACUGUAGUUGUUGUUAUCCUCCAAGUGGCUUUGUGGAUUUCCCCAAACCAAAUGUAUGGUGUAUGGCUGUGCUCUUGUACCUCGUGGCUACAGUCAGCAUGGUCAAUGGGUUACAGUGCAUUCGGAAAUUAUUCAGACCCCUUGACUUUUCCACAUUUUGUUAUGUUACAGACUUAUUGUACAAUUGCUUUAAAAAAAAAAAAUCAGUCUACACACAAUACUCCAUAAUGUCAAAGCAAAAACAGGUUUUUAGAAAUGUUUUCUAAUUUAUAAAAAAAAAAAAAUGGAAAUAUGACAUUUGCAUAAAUAUUCAGACCCUUUACUCAGUACUUUGUUGAAGCACCUUUGGCAGCGAUUACAGCCUCGAGUCUUCUUGGGUAUGAUGCUACAAGCUUGGCACACCUGUAUUUGGGGAGUUUCUCCCAUUCUUCUCUGCAGAUCCUCUCAAGAUCUGUCAGGUUGGAUGGGGAGCACAGCUAUUUUCAGUUCUCUCCAGAGAUGUUCGAUCGGGUUCAAGUCUGGGCUCUGGCUGGGCCACUCAAGGACAUUCAGAUACUUGUCCCGAAGCCACUCCUGCUUUGUCUUGGCUGUGUGCUUAGGGUCAUUGUCCUGUUGGAAGGUGAACCCCAGUCUGAGUUCCUGAGCGCUCUGGAGCAGGUUUUUAUCAAGGAUCUGUCUGUACUUUGCUCCGUUCAUCUUUCCCUCGAUCCUGACUGGUCUCCCAGUCCUUGCCACUGAAAAACAUCCCCACAGUAUGACGCUGCCACCACCAUGCUUCACCGUAGGGAUGGUGCCAGGUACCCUCCAGACGUGACGCUUGGCAUUCAGGCCAAAGAGUUCAAUUUUGGUUUCAUCAGACCAGAGAAUCUUGUUUCUCAUGAUCUGAGAGUCCUUUAGGUGCCUUUUGGCAAACUCCAAGUGGGCUGUCAUGUACCUUUUACUGAGGAGUGGCUUCCGUCUGGCCACUCUACCAUAAAGGCCUGAUUGAUGGAGUGCUGCAGAGAUGGUUGUCCUUCUGAAAGGUUCUCCCAUCUCCACAGAGGAACUCUGGAGCUCUGUCAGAGUGUGACCAUUGGGUUCUUGGUCACCUCCCUGACCAAGGCCCUUCUCCCCCGAUUGCUCAGUUUGGCCGGGCGGCCAGCUCUAGGAAUAGUCUUGGUGGUUCCAAACUUCUUCCAUUUAAGAAUGAUGGAGGCCGCUGUGUUCUUAGGGACCUCCAAUGCUGCAGAAUUUUUUUGGUAACUUUCCCAGAUCUAUGCCUCGACACAAUCCUGUCUCGGAGCUCUACGGACAAUUCCUUCGACCUCAUGGCUUGGUUUUUGCUCUGACAUGCACUGUCAACUGUGGGACUUUAUAUAGACAGGUGUGUGCCUUUCCAAAUCAUGUCCAAUCAAUUUCAUUUACCAAAGGUGGACUCCAAUCAAGUUGUAGAAACAUCUCAAGGAUGAUCAAUGGAAACAGUAUGCACCUGAGCUCAAUUUCGAGUCUCAUAGUGAAGGGUCUGAAUACUUAUGUAAAUAAGGUAUUUCUGUUUUUUAUUUUUAAUACAUUUGCAAAAAUGUCUAAAAACCUGUUUUCGCUUUGUCAUUAUGGGGUAUUGUGUGUAGAUUGAUGAGGAUUUAUUUUUAUUGAAUCCAUUUUAGAAUAAGGCUGUAACGUAACAAAAUGUGGAAAAGGUCAAGGGGUCUGAAUACUUUCCGAAUGCACUGUAUGUGUAGCGCUCGUGUCAUGUGCAUGGUUCAUGGGUUUGUGGUCCAACCUGUAGGCUUCCUAAUGACCGUUUACCAAUGGAUUGGUCAGUCCUAGCUCUACUACGACUAUAAUCUCCAUUUACCUCUAUAAUACUUUACAUCUACCUGGUUGAAUCGAUUUCUUGCUUUUUACUCUAAGCAUGGAUGGUGCUUUUUGGGUCCCUCUUGGCUUCCUUACUUUCUACCAACUCCCUCACAACCUGUUUCUAUGUCCUGUAACCCACCUUUCUUUAUUUGUCUCUCUCUCUCUCAUCCCUUUCUCCAGUUGGACUCGGUGGAUAACUUCACUCCCUCCAACACUCCAUCCAGAGGCGAGGACUCCAAGUCCCAGCUCAAGUCUCGCUCACGGUCGCCCUCCAUGGCCAGCGACGUGGAGCCUAUAGAGGUGAACUCUAACUUCUGAACUUUGACCCUCAACUUAUAUUAUGCCUCAUCUUAGACUGUUCUUAAUCGCUAAGGGAUGGUUUUCCGGACAUAAAAUAAAUACGAGGUAUAUAUUGUGCUGUACUCAAAUCUUUCUCUGUCUUCUCCCACCCUCCAGUUGAUAGACCACCCCCCACGACCAGUCCAGACCCCCACCAUGCGAUCAGGAGGGUAUGGUAGUAUCGGCCGCUCAUCACCCAAGGUAAGACCUGACAUCCUUUUUGGCUUCCCAAAUACUGAUCUGCUGUUUAAAUCUCGGUCAAUACUUAAUGUCAAUCCCAUGGACCCGACGAAGACCAGUUGCUGUAUUUAAAUAAACAAACUGUUGCUGUAUUUCAAUAAAACGUCCGUAUUAGUCCUAUGUGUUUUGACCGGCCCUCUGUUCUCCUUUGUUUGUCCCCUGCAGCCCAAAGCCCACCAGUUUGUGGUGAAGUCCUUCAGUGCUCCAACCAAGUGUAACCAGUGCACCUCUCUCAUGGUGGGACUCAUCCGCCAGGGCUGCACCUGCGAAGGUACAAUGAGAGGAGAGAGAGCGAUAGAAAGGGAGGAGGAGAGCGGGAGGAAGACAAAGAUGGGAGAAUGAGGAGAGAGGGAUAAAGGAAGGAAGACUGGGAUUUGCGGAAAGGGAGGGAGGGAAACUGAGAUGGAAGGCAGGAGACUAGAAUGAGAGCAGGAGGAGUGGGGUAGGACUAGACUGAGGUGGGAGUACACUGUCUCUUUUGGUGCUAGAUAUAAAAUGGAUAUAAACUCCUUAUUCUCUCCUGUCUGGUCCUUUAGUGUGUAACUUCUCAUGCCACGUGACGUGUGCUGACAAGGCUCCAGCAGUGUGCCCCGUGCCACAUGACCAGACCAAGGGGCCGCUGGGCAUUGACCCUCAGAGGGGCAUCGGCACAGCCUAUGAGGGACACGUCAGAGUACGUAUGACACAGAAGAUUGUGUUUGUUUAUGCACUCUUUUAACAACAUUUGGUUGACAUUUCCUGGUAGAAUAAGUGAAUUAAAGUGCACAUUUAAAAUGAAAUCUUACCUUGUACGUUUGACGUCUAUAUCAUAAGAGUCUGACCUGUGUGUGUUUGUGAGGUUUGCCUGUUAAUGGUGUGUGUAUAAUAAAAUAUGUAGUGCUGGGCUGGAACAAAAGCCUGCACAACCAGUAGCUUCCAAAUACAGUGGUUGUUUACCACUGUCAAUACUAGGUUGGGUCUAUCGUGAGACUAAAGUGUGUGUGUGUGUGUCCCUGUGUGUGUUCCCAGGUGCCCAAGCCAACAGGGGUGAAGAAGGGUUGGCAGCGGGCGGUGGCCGUAGUGUGUGACUUCAAGCUCUUCCUGUACGAGUUGGGAGAGGGCAAGACCACAACGCCCAGUGUGGUGGUCAGUCAGGUCAUAGACAUGAGGUAAGGACUACAACCUGAGCUCUGUCUGAACUACAACUCUCAUAGCUGGGCAAGGGCAGGGCCACAAAGCCCAGUGUGGUGGUCAGUCAGGUCAUAUGCCGCGUUCAAAACAACUGGGAACUCUGAAAAAUACGAGGUCAUCAGUGAUCUUCAGGUCGGAAAGUCGGAGCUCUAGAAAGAGGCCAGAGUUCCCGAGUUGGAUGACCGUUCAAAUCGAUUUUUCCCAGUCGGAGCUAGUUUUUUUUCAGUUCCCAGUUGUUUUGAACGUGGCAAUAGACAUGAGGUGAGACUGACAAGGACUACGACCUGAGCUCUGUCUGAACUACAACUCCCAUAGUCUCAGAGAGAAAUAGCUACUUAUUAGAAUUACUUCUGGGUUUAGUCCUUUAUUUGAUUGAGUCAAUCACUCCCCUAUCUCUUUGCCUCUCCCCUCUCUCUCUCACACUUUCUCCCUCCUUUGUUUUCCAGGGAUGAGGAGUUUUCAGUCAGCUCUGUUAUGGCAUCUGAUGUCAUUCACGCCAGCCGCAAGGACAUCCCAUGUAUAUUCAGGGUUAGCCUUUCAUGAUUUUUGAAUACAUGCAUUUAUGCAUUCAUACAUUUACUCCCCAGCCUAUUCCAGUUUUCAGAUUUCUCAGGGUUUAACAAUGCUUCAAAAUUGCUGUGGGAGGCCAUUCCGAAAGCCCUCACCACGCACUACCCCUAACCUCUGACCCCUCCAGGUGACUGCUUCCCAGCUGUCCGCCUCCUCCAGUCACAAGCCGUCCAUCCUGAUCCUGGCGGACACCGACCACGAGAGGAACAAGUGGGUGGGGCUUCUCAGUGAGCUGCACCGCAUCCUCAAGAAGAACAAGCUGAAGGAGCGCUUUGUCUAUGUGCCCAAAGAGGCUUACGACAGCACGCUACCGCUCAUCAAGACCACACAGUCCGCUGCUAUUAUAGGUAGGUGAAGGGGAGACUCACACACAGGCUGCCUCUUUAUUUUGGCCAUGUAGUAAUCAAGUAAUUGUAGGAAAAAACUCCUUUCUGUAUCCGUCUCAUUAAGAGUUUGUAGUAUACAGCCAUUGCAUGUUCUACUGCAGAACAGAUCAGGACAUACUUUAUGCACCUUGUUACCUAACUCUGCAGUAUACUCUGAAUCAAACGUCCUCUUGAUGUUUUCUCUUCAGAUCACGAGCGUGUUGCCCUGGGCAACGAGGAAGGCCUUUAUGUUAUCCAUGUCACCAAAGAUGGUAAGACUUUUGCACCCACCCGCCUGAUGCACUUCACCCAUUUUGCAGUAGAAUGCUCACCACAUAUUGGCUAUCACAGUGGAAAGGUAUUUUUGACAACUCACUCUCUCUCCCCCCUCCUGACCUAACAGAGAUCACCCGUGUGGGAGACAAUAAGAAGGUCUACCACAUCGACCUGGUCCCCCAGGAGCAGCUCCUAGCGGUCAUCUCCGGUCGUAACCGCCACGUCCGCCUCUUCCCCAUGGCUGCGCUGGACGGACGGGAGAUGGACUCCUACAAGCUGGCCGAGACCAAGGGCUGCACAGCGCUGGUGUCCGGCCCUGUCCGAAACAACUCCCUCAUCUGUCUGUGUGUGGCCAUGAAGAGACAGGUCAUUUGUUACGAGGUGGGUGGCGGGGACAGAAGGGAUGGGGUUGAUGGGACUUCAUUUGUUAAGCACGUUGUCGUGUUUUACAAAUUAUGUAGUAUAACUUUGAUAUAGAAAAUACAGCAACUAUAUAGGCUAUUUUUAUGGGAUUAUGAAAUAGAAAGGAAUUUACUCACUAAAUGACAACAUUAUGGUUCUAUAUCUCCCAGGUGAACAAGAGCAAGGUGCGCCACCGCCGGCUGCAGGAGCUCCAAACCCCAGGUCCUGUCCAGUGGAUGGGUCUCCUGAGCGAGCGGCUGUGUGUGGGCUACCAGGCUGGCUUCACGCGCUACAGCGUCCACGGGGACUGUGCCCCGGUCAGCCUGCUGCACCCCGAGGACCACACCCUGGCCUUCAUCUCCCAGCAGGCCCUGGACGCGUUGUGUGCCGUGGAGAUCUCCUCCAAGGAGCUGCUGCUAUGCUUCUCAGCCAUAGGGGUCUAUGUGGACUCGCAGGGCCGCCGCUCGCGCCAGCAGGAGCUGAUGUGGCCGGCCGUGCCUAACUCCGCCUGUGAGUUCUGAACCAGCACAACUGUCUUAAAAUUAUCAUAAACCAAAAAAUCAGAUUUUAUUUCUCAACUGUUUACAAACUAUAAGAAAAUUAAAAAGUAUAUAGCUUCCGAAUAGGUUUAAAACUGUCAUGUGGAAACAGUCCUUGCUUCUAGAGCGGCUGUCUACAAAUUUGUGAGGGGUUACAUUUCCCCUGCCCCAUCCCAAAGCUGUUUACCAAAACAAGUGGCAGGGCUGUCGUUUCGAAUGUAGCUUUAAGCCUGAAGCUGAUGUUUUCCUCCUUCCUUCUCUCCAGGUUACAACGCCCCCUACCUGUCAGUGUACAGUGAGAACGCUGUGGAUGUGUUUGAUGUCAACACAAUGGAGUGGAUUCAGACAAUCCCACUAAAGAAGGUGAGAGUAUAGGACUGCACAUGUAGCAGAGGGCCGGUAGUCGGAUUGGUGUGUGUGCAUGGUACAGUGGCUUGCAAAAGUAUUCACCCCCCUUGGCAUUUUUCCUAUUUUGUUGCCUUCCAACCUGGAAUUAAAAUGGAUUUUUUGGGGGGUUUGUAUCAUUUGAUUUUCACAACAUGCCUACCACUUUGAAGAUGCAAAAUAUUUUUUAUUGUGAAACAAACAAGAAAUAAGACCAAAAAAACAGAACUUGAGCAUGCAUAACUAUUCACCCCCCCAAAGUCAAUACUUUUGCAGCAAUUACAGCUGCAAGUCUCUUGGGGUAUGUCUCUAUAAGCAUGGCACAUCUAGCCAUUGGAAUUUUUGCCCAUUCCUCAAGGCAAAACUGCUCCAGCUCCUUCAAGUUGGAUGGGUUCCGCUGGUGUACAGCAAUCUUUAAGUCAUACCACAGAUUCUCAAUUGGAUUGAGGUCUGGGCUUUGACUAGGCCAUUCCAAUACAUUUAAAUGUUUCCCCUUAAACCACUCAAGUGUUGCUUUAGCAGUAUGCUUAGGGUCAUUGUCCUGCUGGAAGGUGAACCUCUGUCCCUGUCUCAAAUCUAUGGAAGACUGAAACAGGUUUCCCUCAAGAAUUUCCCUGUAUUUAGCGCCAUCCAUAAUUCCUUCAAUUCUGACUAGUUUCCCAGUCCCUGCCGAUUAAAAACAUCCCCACAGCAUGAUGCUGCCACCACCAUGCUUCACUGUGGGGAUGGUGUUCACGGGGCGAUGAGAGGUGUUGGGUUUGCACCAGACAUGGUGUUUUCCUUGAUGGCAAAAAGCUCAAUUUUAGUCUCAUCUGACCAGAGUACCUUCUUCCAAAUGUUUGGGGAGUCUCCCACAUGCCUUUUGGCGAACACCAAACGCGUUUGCUUAUUUUUUUGUUUAAGCAAUGGCUUUUUUCGGCCACUCUUCCGUAAAGCACAGCUCUGUGGAGUGUACGGCUUAAAGUGGUCCUAUGGACAGAUAUUCCAAUCUCUGCUGUGGAGCUUUGCAGCUCCUUCAGGGUUAUCUUUGGUCUCUUUGUUGCCUCUCUGAUUAAUUCCCUCCAUGCCUGGUCUGUGAGUUUUGGUGGGCGGCCCUCUCUUGGCAGGUUUGUUGUGGUGCCAUAUUCUUUCCAUUUUUUAAUAAUGGAUUUAAUGGGAUGUUCAAAGAUAUUUUUUUAUAACCCAACCCUGAUCUGUACUUCUCCACAACUUUGACCCUGACCUGUUUGGAGAGCUCCUUGGUCUUCAUGGUGCCGCUUGCUUGGUGGUGUUGCAGACUCUGGGGCCUUUCAGAACAGGUGUACAGUGGGGGAAAAAAGUAUUUAGUCAGCCACCAAUUGUGCAAAUUCUCCCACUUAAAAAGAUGAGAGAGGCCUGUAAUUUUCAUCAUAGGUACACGUCAACUAUGACAGACAAAUUGAGAAAAAAAAAUCCAGAAAAUCACAUUGUAGGAUUUUUAAUGAAUUUAUUUGCAAAUUAUGGUGGAAAAUAAGUAUUUGGUCACCUACAAACAAGCAAGAUUUCUGGCUCUCACAGACCUGUAACUUCUUCUUUAAGAGGCUCCUCUGUCCUCCACUCGUUACCUGUAUUAAUGGCACCUGUUUGAACUUGUUAUCAGUAUAAAAGACACCUGUCCACAACCUCAAACAGUCACACUCCAAACUCCACUAUGGCCAAGACCAAAGAGCUGUCAAAGGACACCAGAAACAAAAUUGUAGACCUGCACCAGGCUGGGAAGACUGAAUCUGCAAUAGGUAACCAGCUUGGUUUGAAGAAAUCAACUGUGGGAGCAAUUAUUAGGAAAUGGAAGACAUACAAGACCACCGAUAAUCUCCCUCGAUCUGGGGCUCCACGCAAGAUCUCACCCCGUGGGGUCAAAAUUAUCACAAGAACGGUGAGCAAAAAUCCCAGAACCACACGGGGGGAACUAGUGAAUGAACUGCAGAGAGCUGGGACCAAAGUAACAAAGCCUACCAUCAGUAACACACUACGCCGCCAGGGACUCAAAUCCUGCAGUGCAAGACGUGUCCCCCUGCUUAAGCCAGUACAUGUCCAGGCCCGUCUGAAGUUUGCUAGAGUGCAUUUGGAUGAUCCAGAAGAGGAUUGGGAGAAUGUCAUAUGGUCAGAUGAAACCAAAAUAUAACUUUUUGGUAAAAACUCAACUCGUCGUGUUUGGAGGACAAAGAAUGCUGAGUUGCAUCCAAAGAACACCAUACCUACUGUGAAGCAUGGGGGUGGAAACAUCAUGCUUUGGGGCUGUUUUUCUGCAAAGGGACCAGGACGACUGAUCCGUGUAAAGGAAAGAAUGAAUGGGGCCAUGUAUUGUGAGAUUUUGAGUGAAAACCUCCUUCCAUCAGCAAGGGCAUUAAAGAUGAAACGUGGCUGGGUCUUUCAGCAUGACAAUGAUCCCAAACACACCGCCCGGGCAACGAAGGAGUGGCUUCGUAAGAAGCAUUUCAAGGUCCUGGAGUGGCCUAGCCAGUCUCCAGAUCUCAACCCCAUAGAAAAUCUUUGGAGGGAGUUGAAGGUCCGUGUUGCCCAGCGACAGCCCCAAAACAUCACUGCUCUAGAGGAGAUCUGCAUGGAGGAAUGGGCCAAAAUACCAGCAACAGUGUGUGAAAACCUUGUGAAGACUUACAGAAAACGUUUGACCUGUGUCAUUGCCAACAAAGGGUAUAUAACAAAGUAUUGAGAAACUUUUGUUAUUGACCAAAUACUUAUUUUCCACCAUAAUUUGCAAAUAAAUUCAUAAAAAAUCCUACAAUGUGAUUUUCUGGAAAAGAAAUUCUCAUUUUGUCUGUCAUAGUUGGCGUGUACCUAUGAUGAAAAUUACAGGCCUCUCUCAUCUUUUUAAGUGGGAGAACUUGCACAAUUGGUGGCUGACUAAAUACUUUUUUUCCCCACUGUAUAUAUACUGAGAUCAUGUGACAGAUCAUGUGACACUUAGAUUGCACACAGGUGGACUUCUGAAGGUAAUUGGUUGCACCAGAUCUUAUUUAGGGGCUUCAUAGCAAAGGGAGUGAAUACAAAUGCACGCACCACUUUUCCGUUAUUUAUUUUUUAGAAUUUUUUGAAUUUCACUUCACCAAUUUUGACUAUUUUGUGUAUGUCCAUUACAUGAAAUCCAAAUAAAAAUCAAUUUAAAUUACAGGUUGUAAUGCAACAAAAUAGGAAAAACGCCAAGGGGGAUAAAUACUUUUGCAAGGCACUGUAGGUGUAACCUUUGACCCCUUUGUAUCUCCCCUGAAGGUGCGACCUCUGAACCCUGACGGAUCCCUGAACCUCCUGGGUCUGGAGACAGUGAGGCUCAUCUACUUCCGAAACAAGACGGCAGGUCAGUUACACACAGGAUAGGCCUCUGGACUGCUAGAUGCAUAGGAGAGAUCCAUAUCUCAAUAAUAUGAUUAUUACCGCUGACUGAGUGUAAUACUCAUUCUAAUGGUCAUAUAUUCCACAGUAGUAUUAUCGUGUCGUUCUUUAAGAGAUUUUUGCAAUAAAUAAAAAAACAGGAUUAGAAAUAUUUAUGAUGAUGAUGGUCAUGUUACUGAUGUUGUUAUUGUUGUUGACGACGGCGGCCAUGUUGUUAAUAUUCCAGAGGGUGAUGAGCUGGUGGUCCCCGAGACGUCUGACAACAGCAGGAAGCAGAUGGUUCGCAGCUUGAACAACAAGAGACGCUUCUCCUUCAGAGUCCCUGAAGAGGAGCGGCUACAGCAGAGGAGGUAAACUAAACGCUACGUAGUGCACACUACACAAUACACUACACACUAUGUAGUGCACACUACACUACACACUACGUAGUGCACACUACACAAUAAACUACACCAAGCUACUUCACAGAGGAAGUAUACAGCUAAUGGUACAUUACACACUACAGAUUUAGUACAGACUCCAUACCAUUCAUCCAUAUACGUCCCCUCCAUAGGCAUAAAGCUCAUCCUGUUCACGCAAUAUCACUCUCCAAUGGUGCAUUCACCGUGUUCUGGACACAGUGACCUCAUUCGUGUGUUUGGUGUGUGUCCUAUACAGAGAGAUGCUGAGAGACCCAGAGAUGAGGAACAAGCUGAUUUCCAACCCCACCAACUUCAACCACGUGGCCCACAUGGGACCUGGGGACGGUAUCCAGAUCCUCAAAGACCUGCCCAUGGUAAGACAGGGCACUAAGGAGAGUGUCCAUGGAUGUUCUGCUCAGUUGUAACAAGCUCAGUAGUUGUACCUCCUUCUCUUGUCCAGCUGAGCAUCAUGUGUUUGUACAUGUGAAUGUCUGUGCGUUGGUGUUCUCGUUUGUGUGAUUUAAUGUCUGUAUUUACGUAUGUGCAUAUGUGUGGUCAUCAUGGCCAUAUUACAUGUUGUAUGUGUGCAUAUUACAUUUACAUUUUAGUCAUUUAGCAGACGCUCUUAUCCAGAGCGACUUACAGUUAGUGAGUGCAUACAUUAUUUAUAUUUUUUUCAUACUGGCCCCCCAUGGGAAUCGAACCCACAACCCUGGCAUUGCAAACGCCAUCCCUGCCGGCCAUUCCCUCCCCUACCCUGGACGACGCUGGGCCAAUUGUGCGCCGCCCCAUGGGUCUCCGAUAUGUGUUCAUAUCCAUAUUUGUGUCAUUCUGUGAAUGUAUAUUCACAAAUGUUUGUGUGUGUCUGUAUAUCUAUGCGUUCUUAUACCAUCUCCGUAAUCCACAUAUCUGUGCCUCUCUGUCCUCAUCCGCCCCGGUCUAUUCUGUCCUCCCCUGUCCACUGACCUUUCUAACGCAGAACGUGCGUGUUCAGGAGAGUCGUGCUGCAGGCUUCAGUGGCUCCGUGUCCAUCCCCUCCAUCACCAAGAACAGAGCCGAGCCGGGACGGUCCAUGAGCGCCAGCAGUGGACUGGGCAUCCGUAAGUACCACACUACCAAUCACACUAGGCUAGUAGGCUUAAUAGUAAAUAAAUAUUGUAUAAAAUAAUGUAUCAAUAGAAUGGGGAUUAAAGAAGCAUCAUAAAAUAAAGGCCUGGGUAGAGAAAAUGGAGGCGCUUGUUACUAGUGAACAAUGGAAAGUAUAUUCUUGUAGAUUUAAAUGCAUUGCCUGACACUCAUCUGUCUAGCUUUCUCUGUUCCCUUCCUAACUCCCCCUCCCCUUCUCUGUCCCACUCUCUCCCCGUUCCUCUCUAUCUUCCCCUAUCCCUCUAUUUUUGGCUCUCAACCUCUUUUUCCAGGUUCGUCAUCUCAGAACGGCAGUGCGUUGAGAAGAGAGCUGUCCGGGGGUAGCUACAGCUCUAAGCGCCAGACCAUGACCUCUCCCUCCGAGAGCUCCUUGUCCUCCGGAGGGGGUAUGGACGGCUGCAGCGACGCACCCCUCUCCCAGUUCGACAGAGAGGUACGUGACCAGCCUAGCUUGCUUCCUCCCUAGGGCGCCUGGGUAAAGUGCACUUGAUUAAGGCUACUAAAACUCAACUACUAACAAUUGGGUAGAAUUGUGCUGAAUCGGUGUCUCAGCUUAGAUGAUAUACCAUAAAUUGUUCUGAUAAGUCGCAUCUCUGAUACUAAUGUUCAGAUAGUUGUAUCUUGGUUGUAUUUUGGUUGUGAGAGUCAAGUGGAUGGAUCUGAAACCACGUUUCACUAAUCGUUUGAGCACAAUUGCUCUAAAUAUGACUAGGUUCACCAUAACACUACACAGAAACUGAAAAUACUCUGGCUGGUGACCAAUGACGUGGAAGACAUAUCAAACAUCUACAGUGAGGGGAAAAAAGUAUUUGAUCCCCUGCUGAUUUUGUACGUUUGCCCACUGACAAAUAAAUUAUCAGUCUAUAAUUUUAAUGGUAGGUUUAUUUGAACAGUGAGAGAAAGAAUAACAACAACAAAAUCCAGGAAAACGCAUGUCAAAAAUGUUAUAAAUUGAUUUGCAUUUUAAUGAGGGAAAUUAGUAUUUGACCCCCUGUCAAUCAGAAAGAUUUCUGGCUCCAAGGUGUCUUUUAUACAGGUAACAAGCUGAGAUUAGGAGCACACUCUUAAAGUCCACAGAAGCAAUCAAUCAAUCAAUCAGAUUCCAAACUCUACACCAUGACCAAGACCAAAGAGCUCUCCAAGAAUGUCAGGGAGAAGAUUGUAGACCUACACAAGGCUGGAAUGGGCUACAAGACCAUCGCCAAGCAGCUUGGUGAGAAGGUGACAACAGUGCGAUUAUUCGCAAAUGGAAGAAACACAAAAUAACUGUCAUUCUCCCUCGGCCUGGGGCUCCAUGCAAGAUCUCACCUUGUGGAGUUGCAAUGAUCAUGAUAAACGGUGAGGAAUCAGCCCAGAACUACACGGGAGGAUCUUGUCAAUGAUCUCAAGGCAGCUGGGACCAUAGUCACCAAUAAAACAAUUGGUAACACACUACGCCGUGAAGGACUGAAAUCCUGCAGCGCCCACAAGGUCCCCCUGCUCAAGAAAGCACAUAUACAGGGCCGUCUGAAGUUUGCCAAUGAACAUCUGAAUGAUUCAGAGGAGAACUGGGUGAAAGUGUUGUGGUCAGAUGAGACCAAAAUCGAGCUCUUUGGCAUCAACUCAACUCGCCGUGUUUGGAGGAGGAGGAAUACUGCCUAUGACCCCAAGAACACCAUCCCCACCGUCAAACAUGGAGGUGAAAACAUUAUGCUUUGGGGGUGUUUUUCUGCCAAGGGGACAGGACAACUUCACUGCAUCAAAGGGACGAUGGACAGGGCCAUGUACCGUCAAAUUCUACGUUCACCUUCCCUCAGCCAGGGCAUUGAAAAUGGGUUGUGGAUGGGUAUUCCAGCAUGACAAUGACCCAAAACAAAGGAGUGGCUCAAGAAGAAGCACAUUAAGGUCCUGGAGUGGCCUAGCCAGUCUCCUCAAAACCUUAAUUACAUUUACAUUUACGUCAUUUAGCAGACGCUCUUAUCCAGAGUGACUUACAAAUUGGUGCAUUCACCUUAUAGCCAGUGGGAUAACCACUUUACAAUGUGUUUUUCUUUUUUUUAUUUCUUUUUUUUUGGGGGGGGGGGGGUGGAUUCAGGUAAGGGAGGGGUAGAAGGAUUACUUUAUCCUAUCCCAGGUAUUCCUUAAAGAGGUGGGGUUUCAAAUGACUUGGAGAAGAUCUGCAAAGAGGAGUGGAACAAAAUCCCUCCUGAGAUGUGUGCAAACCUGGUGGCCAACUACAAGAAACGUCUGACCUCUGUGAUUGCCAACAAGGGUUUUGCCACCAAGUACUAAGUCAUGUUUUGCAGAAGGGUCAAAUACUUAUUUCCCUCAUUAAAAUGCAAAUCAAUUUAUAACAUUUUUGACGUGUUUUUUAGGAUUGUUUUGUUGUUAUUCUGUCUCUCACUGUUCAAAUAAACCUACCAUUAAAAUUAUAGACUGAUCAUUUCUUUGUCAGUGGGCAAACGUACAAAAUCAGCAGGGGAUCAAAUACUUUUUUCCCUCUCUGUAUGUAACUAGACAUAUGAAAGUGUGCCCCAUAACUCUGCCCCCCCCUUCACCCACAACAUCCACCACCCAGCCUCCGUCUUCUCGUGCCCUCCCAUAUCGCCCUUCGCCUCAUCCUAUCCCUCGGUCCGAUUGGUUCCUAGACCCACCACAGCCCCUCAUAGGGAAAUCAAUCGGGCCCCCCCCCUACGCAACCCUGACCCAAACCUCAGUCCCAGCCAUUCCCCUCUCUGGUUCUCUGCAUCUGGCCUCUUCUCUCCCACCCUCAGCCUCAACCACCCAGCCAGGAGUAGAUAGCUACAAGUCACCCCUAACCACUGAUUCAGGGUCGGAUAGUUUUUUAAAUCCACCUAAUGUUUAAGGUUAGAUUUGGGGGUCUAAUAAUCUGAUCCUAGAUCUGUGGUUAAGAGCAACUUUUACCUCAAGCAUCCAGCCAUCCUCAAAGCAGGGAUUCUUGCUCUAGCUAUCCAUCCUGCCUUUGGCUCCCUCUUCUGGCCUGGCUGACUGUCUACCACCCCACCGUCCCUCAUACCUGGCUAGCUCCAUCGUGAUUCGUGCCUGCCCCAUCUCGCCCCCUCCACCCGCUUCGGUCCCCCCCAGCCCUAGCAUGUUGUACUCUGGGCCGGGCGGGGUCGCUGAGUCUGUAACUGUUCCUCUCCAGUGGCAGGCGGUCUCGCCAUCGGAGAAGACCCCCGAUCUGAAAAGGGCUUUAAGGACCCUGCUUAGUAAAAUGAAGGUAAUGUCAGCACACACAAACACUCAACCAACCCACACUGUACCCAACCCCCUCAACCACACACACACACCAACACACACGUGUGCGCGUGCACACAGUCGUGAAGCUUUGCCCCAAAGCCUCUGUCACUCCCCCCUCCUGCCCACCACUGCACCAUUUCAGCCCCAGCAGCACCAGCAUCUGAUCGCCCCCUCUGCCUCUGGCUAUGGCUAGAGGGUGGUUACUCAUUCCCCACUCCCCUGACCUGCCCUGGUGUUUCUACUUCAUUUCCUGGUUUGGUUUUUGGAAUGGUGUGUCACCAACAUCCUCUACCCCGCAUGCGUCUGUCUGCUUCCAUACUGUCCCCCUGUGGCCAGCCCAACUCAUGUUUCUAAUAAUGACCAUGACAGUAUCUGAUCUGAUUUGAUUGAUACAUCAUCAGGAAGAUACUACUUGAGUUGAGGAGAUACGUCUCCUGAGUGGCGCAGUGGUCUAAGGCACUGCUGCGCAGUGCUAACUGUGCCACUAGAGAUCCUGGUUCGAAUCCAGGCUCUGUCGCAGCCGGCCGCGACCGGGAGACUCAUGGGCGGCGCACAAUUGGCCCAGCGUCGUCCAGGGUAGGGGAGGGAAUGGCCGGCAGGGAUGUAGCUCAGUUGAUAGAGCAUGGCGUUUGCAACGCCAGGGUUGUGGGUUCGAUUCCCACGGGGGGCCAGUAUAAAAAAAAAAUGUAUUCACUAACUGUAAGUCGCUCUGGAUAAGAGCGUCUGCUAAAUGACUCAAAUGUAAAUGUAAAUGUAAUACUAUGGAUAAUGUGGCGCUCCUCUCCUAUAGGCCAUUAUAUACCUGUACCUUUGUGCCAGCUACUGUAGUGCUGUGGUGGAAAGUUGAAGCUCCCACAGCCGUAGCCUAAUGUAUAAAUAGCCAUAGAAAUGAAAAAUGACUCUGUUUUGUCUGUGAGAAACAUGCGCGCAAAGGACAAAUUCACCCUCACCACCUCCCAUCUAGAGUUGCAAAAUUCUGAUAACUUUCCUAAAAUUCCCAGGUUUUCAGGAGGGAAUAAUCAGGACAUUUCUGGAAAACCUGGGAAUUGUGGGAUAAUUACCUGAAUUUUGCAACCCUACUACCUCCCUUCAGUGAAGGAGGGAGAUGCUGUCAAACCUGCUUUUCUUAACUAGUAACUCUCAAUGCUGUCCUCAGGGAUAUCUUGUACACAAUGGUAUACUAUAGCAGGGGUGGCAUUUCAUAGUUUUGGAGGACCAGCAGUGUAUGCAGGCUUUUGUUCCAACACAGCACUAACACACACACACACACACACACACACACACACACACACACUCUGACACCCCUGAUUUAACAAAGUGCGUUUUGAACUAGGCUGGAACAAAAGUUGGUCAACCUCCACUGACUGCUAAGUACUGUAGUAGUAGACAGUAGACGGGGCCUUGUGUGUUUUGUGUAUGUGUUUUGCUGUAACCAAUCAUUUCCGGUCAAUCGAGUUGCUCAUUGUCUGAUGAUGUGGAAUGUUCCGGGGCAUUAACUCCUUGUUACCUAGCGCUCUGUGUAGUGAUGUGAAGUGAUAUCACCAUGUCCACAUCGGCAGUCAAACAGCAGAUCAGCUUUGAUGAUGACGACAGUGGUUGUUUGAAAGGACAAACACACGGUGACACACACAAACACACACACAAACAGAGGUCCCUGAGGACUAGUGUUGACCAGGCCUGAUCUACUGGAGCCCAUUGGAGAGAUGGGUUGUGUUCAGUAGGCACAAAUAGGAGAAAGUGUUUUUUUCUAAGACAAGUUAAGGUAGUAUCGCCUCCUGUGUUUCAGUGUUUUCUUGCGUUGCAUGCCUACUGAGCCCGUGACCCUUGCCUGUUCUGUGUUUAGCUGUGAGAAAAGUAUGACAUUUAAGUGCCUCUCUUUCUCUCUCUCUUUCUCCCUGUUCCUCCCCUUUCAUUCUCCCCCUCUCUCCCUCUCUCUCUCUCUUUCUCCCCCCCUUCUCUCUCUCCAGGACUCUGACUCGCCCCGUCACUCGACGGCGUCAAACAGUUCUACGUUCAGCAGUCCCCCCAGCCCGGCCUCACCCCACAAGACCAAGUCCCUCUCACUGGAGAGCACAGACCGCAUGACUGGCUGGGACACA